AUGCUGCUGAAGCAGCUGCCGCUGCUGGUGGCCACGGCAAGAGCCCCGCUGCUUCUUCGCCUCGCCUCGGCGCGCUCGCCUGCCCGGCAGCAGCAGCAGCACCUCAGCCCAGACGCGCCGCGGACGGGAGAGGCGAGGCAAGGAGGAGGAGGAGGCGGCGGCGGCGGGCCAGGGCGCUCCGGACCGGCGGAGGGAACCAUGAACAGCGCCAAAGGCGAGCAGGAGCACAGCCCCGCCGAGCCGAACCUGCAGGAGGAAGAGGUACCUGCCGGAGGGGAGGCGGACGGGCCAAAGGCGCUGCCUCCCGGGCUUUCGCUUCGGAGCGCAGGGGCGGCGUGCGUCAUGGGCUUGUCCGGGGAGCCCUGGAAAAAGUUUUGGGGGAAGGGGGGGAGCGCUUCCAAGCAGGGCAGCCGCAGAGCUUUUCGGACACCCCCCAUCCCUGCCACCCACCAGCCCGUCCCUUAAAACGCGUUGACACCGAAGCUGUUCGCUCCGUCCGCUUUGGGGGCAUGGAGAGGUUGCGCAACGCUUGGAAAACGAAAGGCGCGCCGAAGGUUCUCCGAAGCAACUAAGUUUGACCUUAGUUUGAACGGGGAAAGUGGGAUGGUUGGUGGUGGGGAAACAUGGGAGGCGAACACUGUGUUUUCUCCUUUACUCUCUUGUGGUCGUGCGCUUUCUCCCUGUAACCUAGUUGCCCCCCGACUCCCCACAUUAAAAGCAGAGUACUCCUUUUAAAAAAAAAAAAAGCAAGCCAGGCGCUCUGAUUAAUAGAUAACGUAUCGGGCGCAUUCUUUCCCGAUGAGUUAAGAUGCAGAGAACUUGCACUUGGGCAAACCUUAAUUCAGAGCCACCUUGGGGAAAGGUCGUGGUCAAAAAAAGCAAAGCGUGGCAAAACACGCAAAUUAAGUUGGCGAUGCGCUUUGGCAAUAUCGGUAAAUGGUUGAACUCAAUAAUAAAGCAGUGCGAGUGUUUUCCAUCGUUAGAGAUUGUUGUACAGUACUGUAUUGUGUUGCCCAUUUAUGGUUCAACUCUAUAUGCUUACUCAGAAGCAAGCCCAUACUGUUCAGUGGAAAACACUCCUAGGUAGGGUUGUAUAUCUCAUAGGAUUGUAUAUCUCAUAACAUAUGUAAUUUCCUUGAAAUACUUGUGAGCUCUUGUAAGUUUGAGGUACUAAGCCAUGCUUUAUGUCUUAACCACCACAUUCCACUUAUACUCAAUUUAAACCUCCCUGUGUGUGAUUUGAAUAUUACAACCUUAUAAUGGAUAGGUAGCCUGUGAAUUUAUAACGCCUACAGCAUUUCUGUUCACAGUCUUUUUUGCAGGGUGAUAAACAGUCAGAACUCAGUGUAGUAGGACCUUAGGCAUUUUGUUGGAGGAAACUUUGCUUUUCCUCGAAGUAGACUAGUCCAUAAAACCUUAGUGCCGGAAUGAUAUUGUGAGUCUUUAAGGUGCCAUAAGACUCUUCGGUGCUGUUGUUGUUUUGCUACACUGCUCUGAAAUAAAGAAAGAUGGUUACUCUUGAGCAGGGGUCAGCAAACAUUUUCAUCAGGGGUCUACUCUCCUUCAAACCUUGUGGAGGGCCGGACUAUAUAUUUUUUUCGGGGGGGGGGGGAGAAUGAAUUCCUAUGCCCCACAAAUAACCCAGAGAUGCAUUUUAAAUAAAAGGACACAUUCUACUAAUGUAAAAACACGCUGAUUCCUGGACCGUCCGUGGGCCAGAUUUAGAAAGCGAUUGGGCCAGAUCCGGCCCCUGGGCCUUAGUUUGCCUACCCAUGCUCUUGAGGCUAGGAACCUGUUUGAGAAAGAAUUAAGGCAGUAAACUACCCAGAUUAACACUUCAAGCCUAUUAUGAAGUGCUGCUGAUUCACAGAUCCUAGAAGGAUGAAUGGUGGUUGCAUGGAACAAAACACAUUUUCUUAAAAGAAAAACAUUUCCUUGUAUCACGUAUUCAUUCUGCCUAUCUGUGGGAAUUACCGUAUAUUUAUAGGAAAACGAAUAUGUAGGUUUCUUCAUCUAUUACAAUAUAUAGGCUUCUAAGCAUCAGUUCAGUUUGUUAUAACGUGAUAACUUGCCCAUAUAGGCAAGAAUGAAAAUUCUAAUGUUUGCAUUGUUUUUCAGGUUGCCACCAAGUACUAACCAGAUAGUGCUUGUGAUCUGCAACAUAAACCACUAUGAAAUAUGUAUAUGUAUGAACAUUAAUUACUAUACUGAUUAAUUAAUUUUAGGCAUGGUUUGGACAAACUUUGAAAAUUUUGUAUUAGUAGAAGUUUUCUUUUGGAAACUCUUACAAUGUGCUUAAACUCGGCAUAAGCUUGCCUUGUAUUGCAGCCGUGAUGUUUGUUAAUGGGGUUGGUUGUUGAGACUCUUCAUUGCCUAUCCCCUUAGUUGAAGGAAUAAUUUUUAAUGAUUUAAUAAUCUUGUUAGCGGCGAAAUCUGGUGGUGGCUCGGAAAACAUUUAUGGUGCAACCUGUUGUCUUGUGAUGAUGUGCAACGAGGUAUUGUAACAACACAUUCAUACACGGCUUUGAUUCUGUGUGUGUCCUUUUUGCUUCUGGUGUCAGCCUUGGGACGUCCUUGGCUCCUGAAGUCCCAAUGGAGAGCAUUUUCAGCGGGUUUGGGGGGAAAGAAGUUAUUGGUGCUGCACUACCUAAGUAUUUUCCUGGUCCCUGUCAUUUCACCAUUGUCAGCAAAUAAGUAAUGAAUGGGAAGCUAAGGAUGGAAGGAACAUGGGAGUCCACAGUCACUUGUGUUGCAUUCACCUACAACCUGUUUUUCAUUUGUUUGGUGGUAUUAGUUUUCUAAGGACCUUUUAAUAGUAUUGGGCUUGGGCAGAGGAUUACAUUAACUUCUGACCCUAUUCCAACCUUACAGUUUAUCGUUCCAAAUAUAAACGUGACUUAAAUCUUGGCAACCUCACAUCUCUUAGAGAUCUGUGCUCCCAUUUGGAGGUAGUGCUGACAUCAGUGCCUCUUUACAGCAGAAGCCUCAAACAAAGAACAAGUUCCUAUCUCAAAGAGCUUUCAGCCUAAAGUUUGAUGGCAACUGUGCAGCAGGUUCGCAGUGCUUCUGAAACAGAGAACUGUUCAGUAUACUGUAUCAGUUGUGGAUUUUAUACUUCUGUGUUUUAAAUUCACUUGUACUUAACUUUGUAUGUAGAGAAAUAGCAUUCUGAUUUCAGACUGUGGUAAAUGGGCAAUGUGGGAAAAGGAAGUCGGUGAAAGCGAAAAUUGGACAUAGCGCUGAUGAAGGACCAUAUUUCCAUUAAUUAUCUCAUCCUUCACUUGUACACACCAGCUUGUUUCAUUCAUAUGUUUGCAUUCUUCCAUUAUCCCACUGUUUCUGCGCAAUAAGGUGCACACAUUUUAUUGAUAUAUAUUUUAUGCAGAGUUUAAUUAGUUUAUUUCCUUGGGCUAGGGAAAUGUAAACGUCUGUGAGGUGGAUUGUUGCUUCCACUGAAUACAGGGAAUGGGAGGACCAAAGUCCAUGUUACAUGGGAGGUCUGUGAUUGGAUAUCCCAAUAUAUUUUUCUUUACAGUGGUACCUCGGGUUACAUACAUUUCAGGUUACAUACGCUUCAGGUUACAGACUCCGCUAACCCAGAAAUAGUACCUCAGGUUAAGAACUUUGCUUCAGGAUGAGAACAGAAAUCGUGCUCUGGCGGCACGGCAGCAGCAGGAGGCCCCGUUAGCUAAAGUGGUGCUUCAGGUUAAGAACAGACCUCUGGAACAAAUUAAGUACUUAACCCGAGGUACCACUGUACUUCGAAACUUCCAGGGUGCGUGUGUUCCUAGUGUGAUCCGGGAAAUGGUACAUGUAGUAUUUAACCCUUCCCUGGUACCAUUUUGUCAAUGUAAACCCCAUCGCUCAAACUAUUAGCCAAAUUGUGGGGGAAGACCUGUUGUCACUGCCCCCCCAUAGGGUAAUAGCAUCUCUGUGUGGUUAAAUUGAAGGGUUAAACACACCUUCCCUAGUGGUUCCCAACCUUUUUGGGGGGCUAUGCCCCACCUAAGCAUCUCUAAAAUCCUGAUCCCCCCCCCCGGUGACAUGUAAUUCUUAUUACUCAAAAAGUGAACUCCUAUUCACAUGGAGGAAGCCUAAAAGGCCAUUAAUUUGGUCUACACAAGCUUCCAAAUCCCCCCCCCCCAAUAUCAAAUUGCACCCCUGUGGGGCAUGUGCCCCACUUCGGGAACCAUGGCUCUGGAGCUAUUGCCCUGAUCAAAUGAAGAACCCUCCUUAAUAAGGAGCGGCUGCUUUGAAGUAAACGAAAAGUAUAGCAAAUCUUCCUCAUCUCUUCUACUUUGGCUCUGAGGUGCAUUUUUUUUUUUAAACAAGGACAGCUCAGUAAGUUCAUGGCUAAGAUGUGAGUCCAGGUUUCCAACUCCAGAUCCUACCUCUCUUUGCUGAGUCAAAUGUCCCUCAUAACCUCCAGCAUCACUUAACAAACUGAGGAACCUUCAGGCCUGUGGUUGGUGUUAUGCACUGAAGUUCUCACCCUGGGCCAGCAGGGGGAUACUGUAGAUAGUUUUCACUCAGGUCUGCAUAUGCAAAUAAGGAAUUGAAAGUGACGUUCAGUGAUUGGAUAGUUACAGAAAGUUGUUACUGUUGCCAUGUAGUUGAGCUCUAUAUAAGCAGGUUGGCUGAACCACUUCAGCCCUGUUCUGGCCUGUGAAUAAACAAGAGCUGUCUGAAGAAUCGCUGUGUCGUCUGAUAUGUUCACCCGCAACUUAACAGUUGGCAACUGUCUUGUUCAUGUCUUGCAGUUAGGCUGAUAAACUGUUUGUAGAGUUGCCAGAACAGACGUGCAGUCAGAACAGUGCAUGUUGAGGAGAGAAUAGGGGAUUGGCGCCAUAAGAACCUUUCAUCAAAACUUACGAUUUAAAAUAGAGCAGAAGGCCGAGACCUGUAGUUAUUCUAGCAGCUGAAAAAGAGACUAGUCAUUUCUAAUCACUGUUCUAAGAAAGGGAGAAAUUGCCUGAAAUGAUGUUUUCUAACCACUGUGUAAGGGACGCGGGUGGCGCUGUGGGUUAAACCACAGAGCCUAGGACUUGCCAGUCAGAAGGUCGGCGGUUCGAAUCCCCGCGACGGGGUGAGCUCCCGUUGCUUGGUCCCUGCUCCUGCCAAACUAGCAGUUUGAAAGCACGUCAAAGUGCAAGUAGAUAAAUAGGUACCGCUCCGGCGGGAAGGUAAACGGCCUUUCCGUGCACUGCUCUGGCUCGCCAGAAGCGGCUUAGUCAUUCUGGCCACAUGACCCGGAAGCUAUACGUCGCCUCCCUUGGCCAAUAAAGCGAGAUGAGCGCCGCAACCCCAGAGUCGGCCACGACUGGACCUAAUGGUCAGGGGUCCCUUUACCUUUACCCUUUUAACCACUGUGUAGUAUAUAGUUGGUGCCUGAAACAUCACUGUUAAGGACUGUUUCUCACGUCAGUGCAAACGGAACUCCCUUCUGAUGGAAGGACCAGGUCUUGUUGUGAUGAUAGCUAGGUAUGCUGAGUCAAUACAAUAGUAACUUACCACCUAAUAUGGUCUUUUUGUUUAUUAAAAACGAGUUACCCUCUGAAUUACUGGUAUAAGUUUUUACUGCUCUGCGGUUGUCUGCCAGAUGGUAAGGCUCUCUGCAUGUUGAGUUGGUUGUUGCUGAAUGUAGAGCAAAAAUGACAGUGGUGUUCCCCAGAGCUGGGUGGCAAACAUUCAAGUAUAUUCUUCAGGUAUUGCUAAUCUUCCGUAUCUUUUCUUGGUGGCAUAUCAGUUUUUGUUAUUUCCAAGUUCUGUUGCUGUUUGAAGUGACUUUACCUUUCUGAGUUGCUAUUUAAAAGAUUUUUGUGUGUCAGUGCCUGUGCUUAAGCCCCCCCCUCCCCCCCAGAUAUCAGUCUCGGUGUGUCUGAAGUUGUAAUUUUAGCAAGUGUAGAUAUGAGUGUCAUAGGACAGAUCUUUACUAUACAUUGUAAGCGCAUCCAGCACACAUUUUGUAACUUGUUAAGAGUGCUUAGAAUUGUAGAUCUGUGGGGGGGGGGGGGAGACUACAGUUCCCAGGAUUCUUGGGGGGGGGGAGUCAUGUGCCUUAAAUGCGCAUUUGAUGUGCUUUAAAAAUAUUGUGUGUUCAUAUUUCAUCUUACUAUUAAUAUUGUUUAAUAAACAGUGGUAGUUUUCAGUAUUUGAUUUGGCUUUGAAAAACUCUGCUAUGGAGCUAGUUUACACAUAGGCGUGAGCAAUCUAAUUGAAUCCAAAUUGUGAAUGCAGUGGUACCUUGGUACUCAAACAGCUUGGGUCCUGAACAAAUCGAAGUGAGUGUUCCAGUUUGCGAACGUUUUUUGGAAGCUGAAUGUCCGACUUGGCUUCCACGGCUUACGAUUGAGUUCAGGAAGCUCCUGCAGCCAAUCGGAAGCUGUGUUUUGGUUUCCGAAUGGUUUCGGGAGUCGAAUGGACUCCCAGAAUGGAUUAUCGUAAAUUCGAGAACCAAGGUACCACUGUAAUGUAUGAUUACACAGUGCGGUAAGGAACCUAGCUAUGGCGACCCAUAUGCAUAUCUUCUUGGCUGGAUCAGAAAGCUUUGGCAUGCAGUGGAUGCACAUUUCAGACAGCUAUUCUAGGUCAAUGUAGGAUUUGCAUUCAGGACCUUCACAUUCUCUGUAGGUCUUGUUGACUUUUUUUUUUUCAAAGUAGGCAAUCCACUUUUUACAAAAAGUCAACAAGACCUAUAGAGUUCCAGAUGUGGAUUUCAUAGCAAGCUAAAAUGGUGAUGAUAAUGCAAUCAUCCUAUCUCUGCUGUGUUAAUUAACACCUGUGCAUGGGACGUGAAACCGUUCUCUUGAAUCAAGCUUAAACAAAAAGAAUCAAACCUCUUGAUAAGUUCUGGAUGAUUUGUGUUUAUCACCAAUUAAUGCUGUUGUGAAAGGUCACGGUAUUUACCUUCUGUAUUUACAGUAUAUUACAUAGAAUUAUUGCAAGCUGUACUAUUCACAUUUCAUAGCCAUUUUACCUCCCUGUUUUUCUGUUUAUACCUCUGUAAUAUAUGCAUGUAUGUAUACACUCUCUUCCCUGGGCCAUAGGAGGAUUCUCUUUCAUGCAUCGGAUGAAAUGAACUCUGUUCAUGAAAGCUUGUUCUCAGACUCUUCCUCCCCUUUUAAAUGCCUUUUUCUUCUUUUCAGCUCAUUGCUCAACAACAGUAUCUUCGUGAACAUACAUUUUCAUAUUUAUUUAACUGCUGUAGUUAUUAAAAAAUAUUUACAGUCUUCCAUUCAUCUAUUCACAUACCAGAUGGGAUACAAAACAUAAAAAACACACAACAAUAAAAACCCACCAUUCAAAAUACACAAAAGCAGUUAAAAGCAACAGAUCAAGCUGAACAGCCAUUAAAAUACCUGGGCAAAUAAUUGAGUUUAAACCUGGUGCUAGAAUGAUGUCAGCACUAAUUGCACCUGUGAGUGAAGGGCAUUCCACAUUCCCGGUGCCACCACCAAAAAGGCUGUAUUCCUCACCAUGGGCUCACCCGCAGCAGUCAAAUGCUGAGAAAAGCCUUUUAAGACAUCAUAGUUACAGUCAGCUUAGCAUAAGGGAAAGGUGGUCCUUUGGGUAUUUUCAUCCCAAGCCUUUUCAGGCUUUAGAUGCAGGUGCCAGCACUUUGAAUUGGAUUUGGAAGAGAAUAGAAUCAGUGGGAUAAGAUUCCACCCAGCUACACCAUUUGAACAGUUCCAGGUAGUCUUCAGUGGCAGCCCCAUGUACAGUGCAUUGCAGCAAUUCCCUUGGGAGGUUACUAGAAUGUGGGUCACUGUGAACAAACUGUUCACUGUCAAGGAGCAACUGCAGCUGGCAAAGCAGCCAACUCUGGGGAAAAGCACUCUGUGCCACUGAGGCCACCUGUGUUAAUGGUGACAAUGCUGGAUCCAGGAGUACCUGCACACGGUGUACCUUUUCCUUUAAGGUGAGUACAACCCUAUCUGGAAAAAGCUGCCUGCCUGAUUCCACAGACAUGAGAACCACUUAUUCCUUCUCAUGAUUCAUCGUCAGUUUAUUGGCUUUCAUCCAGCCCAUCACCAAAUACAAGCCCUAGUUCAGAAACCGCAUAGCUUCACUUGACUAAGCUGACAGAUGAAAAUAGAGUUAGGUUCCAUCUGCAUCAUUAGUGGUCUUGUUCAAGGCUCCAGAAGCCUUGCUUCUGGCAAGGGACACCUUUCCCCUCUUUCCUACUCUCCUGAAAUCUUCCACAACUGCGCUGCUUGGUGCUAAACAGCUCAGGAUUGGUGCUGGCUCACAGCCCCUGAAUCCAAAUGCUUUAUUUUUGAACAGUAGGGCAGGACUUCCCAAACUGUGGUCUUAAGGAUCAUAGCGUCACACAGGUGGCUUGCAGCAUGUCUGUGAAGAACACUUACCAUUUGACUUCUGUGGAUUUCAAACUUCAGUACAAUAAAAUACAUACAGUGUAAGAAAUCAAGGAAGCAAUAAAAAUGCGAUUGAAAGUCACACAGCUUCUAGCACAGCACAUUACAAUCGCUGCAGCAGGCUCAAGAAUCAUUAAGAGGUCUGCUAAGACCAUCAGCAAUUUUCAGUAGCAGGAGAAGUAUAGUAUGGGGAAGAGAGGAGGUUUUUUUUAUCUUGGUGCACACCAUUCCCCUGACUCUUAAUGCUCAACUUCUAGGAUACUGUUAUAGCAGGGGCAGGGGGCCUUUUUGACUCCAUAGGCCAAAUUCUUAUCAGAGUCCUUGUGGGCCAAAUUUGACAGGUGUGUGUGGAGAAGGACGAUCCUUCUUAGUGUUGGGUUUGGUUGUGUGAGAGAACUCUCACGUUCACCUGGAUCAAGCAAAUUCACUUUCUCUUCACAUCAGCUGAGGCCCUGUGUACCUGAAGGAGUGUCUCCACCCACAUUGUUCAGCCCAGACACGGAGGUCCAGUUCCUUCUGGCAGUUUGCUCACUGUGAGAAAUAAAGUUACAGAGAACCAGGAAAAGGGCCUUCUUGGUAGUUGUGCCCGCCCUGCGGAACACAUUCCCCUCAAAUGCCAUCAUUCCCUAUAACAGUGCCUAUCAACUUGGAAACAAAAUGGAACAUCUCCGAAACCAGGUAAUGGUUUCUACUCCAUUGAUAUUUUAAAUAAAAAUCCCCAGUCAUCUCAGAAUCUUACCUGCUCUGGCUUUGGGACAUUGAAAUGAGAUGUUAAAAUUCAUCAGAAUGGCUGCUGGGUUUGAGAGUUAAGAGUCUAAGAAUUUAUAAAAUAAUAAUAUUAAUAAUAAUAAUAGUAUGCAAAGCAGGGGGAUGGGUUGAGUUAUGUUCUGUUGCAGGGGCUGUUACAAAGAUGAAGGGAGCAGGCAACAUUAUAUCAACGUACUGGUCAUCUGUUUAACUGAGGUAUAUGUUUGUGUUUGUUGCCUGUACAAUUUUGAAACUAUUUAUGUAUAUAAAUCAGUUCAUUUCUUCAAUGGUGGUUAUGCGUAAACAUGACCUGCAUGAUUCCUGUAUUCUCGAAGCUGAGAAAUUAUGUAUGGAAAUUCAUCCAUCUGAGUUUGAACACUAAAAGCAACAACAACCUCUUAUAACUACAGCACAGGCCUGUAAAAUUGCUGCAGGCCUCUGGCAAGUUACAAGCCUCUCUGAAUGGGAGAAAGUUUGAUGUCAGACAAGUAUCAGUCCUCCGUACCCUUCAAUUAGCAUGUCAAAAAUUGCCAACAUAGAUCGGGCGUGGGCAAUUUGGGGAAGUGUUUUCUUUUUUUCAAAGCCUAGAAAUAUUGUAUGCUUCUUCUUUUUUUGCAGUGUUGCACCAAUCUGAAAUAUGUUCCAGAUAUGGAUUAUAGGGCACAAGGAUAGUAAAAGGAGGGAAAAUUGCAUUCCUUUUCCACUAGACUUAAUUGUUCAUUUAAACCAUGGUUGUUGGCAUUGUGGAUUUUAGUCUUCCGCCCCCCCUGCAGUAGCACUUCUGGAAGUCAGUAGUGUUAUUAUUUUUUGUAGGACCUUUGGCUGUGAUAAAUAUUGGUUGAGUCCACUUUUUGGUAAGGAAAAUAGCAUGGAGUUAAGACUUUCAGACCCAAAAUGCUUCACUUUAGUGAUGUUUUCAUAAUUCUGUAUGUGUCUGUUGGGAAGCAAGCCCCACUGAGUUCAGUGGACUUUUACUUCCGAGGAAGUCACAAUACAGUGGUGCCCCGCAAGACGAAUGCCUCGCAAGACGGAAAACCCGCUAGACGAAAGGGUUUUCCGUUUUGGAGGUGCUUCGCAAAACGAAUUUCCUAUGUGCUUGCUCCGCAAGACGAAAAUGUAUUGCGAGUUCCUGCGGGGUUUUCCCCCCCCCCCCUUUUUCCCAAGCCGCUAAACCGCUUAUCAGCUGAUGGCUAAGCCGCUUAACAGCUGAUGCUAGGCCGCUUAUCAGCUGAUCGUUAAGCCGCUUAUCAGCUGAUCGUUAAGCCGCUUAUCAGCUGAUCGUUAAGCCGCUUAUCAGCUGAUCUUUAAGCCGGCUAAGCCGCUAAUACUGUAGCGCUAAGCCGCUAAACCUCUAAUGGGCUUGCUUCGCAAGACGAAAAAACCCGCAAGACGAAGAGACUCGCGGAACAGAUUCUUUUCGUCUUGCGAGGCACCACUGUAUGACAAACUACAGAAUGGCUUGUCUGAGCUGUGCAGUGAGCAGGAGAGAGGCAUUUUCAUGAUGGCACCACAGUUAAGAUAGGCGGCUGUGACAUGUGAAUGAGGCCGCUUCAUAUGUACAUUUGAAUUGACUAUGAGGGGUGUCAUUGUACCUCCACGUAAAGUGAAGUGGCUGCCUUGGGUUUCAGGUCUUGGAUACUCUUACAGAAGACAGGGUGGAAAAUUGACGCACCUGUCUUGUGAGAUAUGCUCCUCAAGGCGCAUUGAAAUGAAUGGGAGCAGCUCAAAAUCUAGCAAGAAUGCUAUUAGCUGCAAGAUAUAGCUUGCUGUGUAUGUGCAGUGCUGAAAGCUCCAACUUAAAAAGACCCAACAGACUGCUUUAUUUUUUAUUACAUAAUAGAGCUAUAAUUUUAAAAUAUGGUUCUUAAUGACUUUUUGGUUUUGGCAGAGCUACAGAUCUGAAUGUUCAAAGCUAGGAAGUAAUAGAAGCAUGUCAGUGACUUAAAACUCCGUAAGAAUCUUUCACUUGUGGAACCAAUAAAUCAUAAAGAAACAUGUGCUUUAUUGCAAUGGUAAUGUGACUGGAUUUUUAAUGACAGAUCUAGGGUUGCCAUGCGCCCGGAAUUUCCUGGACAUAGCUGGGAUUUGGCCAUAAGAAACAAUGUCUGAAUUUUCACUUUUUGAAAUAUGGCAACCCUAGACAAAUUGGUGAAUUCUAGGUCUUGAAGAGAUAAUUUCUGUGUAGUUGGGAAACUGUAUGCUUUCAUUUUUGUGGAACUCUAUACCAAGCUAACUCUUGGGAAAAACAUAUUUAUUAUGUUUGUAAUUAUUUUAAUGCCUUAAAAUUACCUUGAUGGGCCAUGCAUUUUACAUUUAAACCUUACGGGGUUCUAUGGAAACACGAUUCCACAUGUGUGCUUUUCUUCUGCAUCCAUGUUCCAAAGAGUUGAUGCUUUUCUUGUCAAACCUGUAGAUGGAAGGAGUUCAUAUAAUGGAAGGCCCAUAUAAUGGAAGGUCUGAUGAGCAUUUACUGUUCCCAACCCAAAUCCUGUGGAAAGCCAUCUAAUUCAGAUUUUAUUUUUAUCCUGACUUGUUUUUAAGAGGUGAUUUAAUUAUUGUUUGAUUUUAUAUCAAUGUUUAUAUUUGAUGUUAGCCGCCCUGAGACCGGUCUCGGCCGGGGAGGGCAGAAUACAAAUAAAAAUUUAAAAUAAAAAAAGUUCAUUAUUCAGUUCAUUAAAAAAAUGAACUGGCUUGGUUGGUAGUAAUCUGGGCUCUAGAUGGCAUUAGAUUACUUCUGUAGUUGGUAUGUAUUGCUGUUGAAUGAUAGGCUAAUGCUGCAGGUUAACAAAAUUCCAGAGAUAAGACGUAAGCUUCCCCUCUGAACCCAAAGAAAUCUGAAAGUUUGCUUUGCACUUGCCAUGUGUAUUGAAGCUUUCAUUUACUUUGGAUGGUUGUAGAGGAAACAGACAUUGGCCAGGAAUUCCAAAUCAGAAACAUUUAAUGGUUUACACAGGGUGACAUUUUCAAGCUGCAGAACAGCAUAUAAUAAUAAUAAUAAUAAUAAUAAUAAUAAGUUAUUUAUACCCCACCCAUCUGGCUGGGUUUCCCCAGCCACUCUGGGCGGCUUCCAACAAAAUAUUAAAAUACAAUAGUCUAUUAAACAUUAAAAGCUUCCCUAAACAGGGCUGCCUGCAGAUGUCUUCACAUAGUGCUUUAGCAAGGACUUGUAUCCUUUUUUGCCACGCAAUAGUAUUCAGAGUUACAAAACAGAGUAAAAGAAAACUUCAUUGUUGAAAUAAUCUAAUCUAAAUCAGUUUCAUUCUACCCAGUCUCUUUGGUAGACAAAAACCAGUUAAAAGAUCCAUAACUGUUAAGUUGUGGGUGAACAUAUCAGACGACACAGUGAUUCUCCAAACAGCUCUUGUUUAUUCACAGGUCAGAACAGAACUGAACUGAAGGGUUCAGCCAGCCUGCUUAUAUAGAGCUCCAGUACAACGUAACUGUAACAACUUUCUGUAACUAUCCAAUCACUGAAUGUCAUUUUCGAUCCCUUAUUUGCAUAUGUGGACCUGAACUAUCUACAGUACCCCCCUGCUGUCCCAAGGUGAGAACUUCAGUACAUAACAAUAACUACUUCAGUGAUAGUGCUGUAUAUGAAAUAGACUCCGACAGGAUGUUCCUAAUGGAAGGUGACCAGUAGGAGAUCUGUCAGACCUCCUCAUCCUUUUUCUGCUCUAAAAUGAGGUUGUUUCGCCAUUGAGCAUUUAACUUUUGGGUUAGUGAUAGAUAUAAAUAUGUUAUGAUGCUGUAUAAAAUGAGUAUAAUCUCUGUAUUGGAGAAAGGAGCUGAGCCUAAAUGAACUGUAGCUUGCCUCUUAAGAGUGUCUAGUGAGAUAUGACUGAGGUGAGAUUUGAACUGGAGGAUUUCUGGCUCACACCCUUUGGCUGCAAUCCCACACUUUCCUGUGAGUAAGUCCCAUACACAUCAGCGGGGCAAUGAACUCAACAGAGUUUACUUCUGAGCAGAUAUGUAUAGGAUUUUAUCCCACGUCGCUCCACCACCAUGAAUAAAAUAUAGGUGGCUGUGAGUUCUCGUAAGUGGAAGUUCAUUCGCUCCGAGUAUUUUAAUUUUUAAAAUAAAAGCAGCUAGGAAAAGUAUUUGUAACAUAAGUUUAUCUCUUGUUUAUAAAGUAAAUUUAUCACUUGAAACAGCUCCAAGUUUCCAAAGGCUUGUCAUACGUUCUAAGAAGGUAUGCUAAUCCACAGCAAAAACAAGAGGGAAAACAUGAAGGGGGAAGUUCAGAAGAUGGGAGAUUAACCCCCCCCCCCCAAUGUCUUGAAGCUGUUUAGAGUGAACAGAAAAACAGAAAGUGAACAGAAAAAAAUUCUAGAAAUUCUGAAAAUAUUCUGGAGAAGCAACUGCAAAACUCAGAGUGCAGCAGGCAAAAACCCUUGCCUCCUUCAUUGCUUUUUGGAUAUUUCCUGUCUUGAUUUGUUCUUAAUAUAGCCCCUGUGCAAUCCUGUGCACACUUGAGCACAGAGGUGCUUAUUUCUGGAUAGACAUGUGUCUUGGUUUCUGGCUGUUGUUAAUGCAGCCAUUCAAGACUUUACUGCUAGACCAGAACUGGAAAAACCCAAGAUUAUCAUCCUGGGAUUUAGCUCCUGACAUGCAAUGCCCUUCCAGCGCCUUUCUUUUGGCUUAAAUGAUCAUAGAUAAUUAGGAUGGCAGGUGGAGAAGGCUAUAAACCCAUACCACAUUGGAAAGUGGCCCCAUUGAACUCCUUGGGGCUGACUGACUGUUAAGUAGACAUGCAUAAAGGUAAAGGGACCCCUGACCAUUAGGUCCAGUCGUGGCCGACUCUGGGGUUGCUGCACUCAUCCCGCUUUAUUGGCCAAGGGAACCGGCGUACAGCUUCCGGGUUAUGUGGCCAGGAUGACUAAGCGCUUCUGGCAAAUCAGAGCAGUGCACGGAAACGCCGUUUACCUUCCCGUCGGAGUGGUCCCUAUUUAUCUACUUGCACUUUGACAUGCUUUCAAACUGCUAGGUUGGCAGGAGCAGGGACCAAGCAACGGGAGCUCACCCUGUCACGGGGAUUUGAACCGCCGACCUUCUGAUCGGCAAGUCCUAGGCUCUGUGGUUUAACCCACAGCGCCACCCUUAGACAUGCAUAGAACUGUGCUAUUAAUCUACCACUUUCUCCCCCACCCCUCGGUUUGUGGGCAAAUCCUGGAAAUAGAAUGGGGGCUAGUUAAAUUUGUAGAGGGGCAUGUGCAUGUAUUGAAAAAGAGACUUAAAUGUAGCCAGAAAUCUGGCCCCUUGUGGUAGCAUUUCAGUUGUGUCAUGAUGACUUCUUAAAAAUCUUCCAAGACUGUGGAGGUUUCCCCCCCUUUUUUCUGGUACCCGUCUGUCUUGAGAGACAAUGGAGUGUUACUGACUGGCUAAACCAGGUGAGGGUAGUCGAUGGGUCUCAGCCCCUCGAUGAGUUAGGGACUUCCCCUGUGUGUGAAGACAGUCUCCAGUGGAUUGAGGGGACAAGACAAAUAGUGGGUCAGAUGGUCAAGAAGACAGUUUCAGCACGUGCUGUAGAGGGAUCCAAUAAUUACUAAACAGACAAUUAAGAAAAAUGUAUUUUAAAGCUCAUACCAAUAAAAUAGUUCCAUAAAACUCAACUUCAGAGCAGCCUAAUCAUAUCAAUACAUGUCAGAAUAUCCAUAUCAUUAAAAAAAAAAGGAUACCUCCUUUGAAUUCUAUAAAUUGAAAUUAAUACAUUGGAAAUGGAAACUGAUUUUUGACCUUCUUUUCCUGUCCCUUUCCCGGUCCUUGAAUAAGCUAAGAAUACAUUUCCCCGCUCACCCACCCCCUUUAAAUUUUUCCAAACCCUACAAAGGCAGGAACUGGGAAUAAUUGUUUUUAAAACUUGGAUGAUUGUUUGGGUACCAGACAUCUGUAGCCUUGGUGACUAUAUGGUAGAGACCCAGAAACGAGGCUUGUGAUGAUGACAUUAUGUUGGAGGGCCUUUUAAGGUCCUUGGCUGAAAGUUUUUGUUUGCUUCAAGUGGGCUUGUGGGAUUCCAGCAACCAUAAACAGAGCCUGAUAAUCUAAACCAAGAAUGGGGGGGGGGAGGUACAAGCCCUCCAAUAAUGGAGUUCGUUUUUAUGUGGACUUGUUCCAAGAGAGACGGAAUGUACCCUACUUGAAAAAAGCAGUGACACACAGAGAGCUAUUUGCCUCUGCUGUUUUGGUAUGUUGUAUGUUGUUUAGCUGUUGUGGUAAAAUUGCAUUUUCCUCAGGGAGAAGGAAGACUGCAGUCUUAAAUUAUUGCAAGCCCAUGUUGCUUGCCAACAUUUCCUUUUAAAAUUUUGGAGACUUUUAUCUUUCACUCGCUUCAACCCCAAGCAUACGUUUUCUGUCCAUGUUCUUGACAUAAUACUUCCUCCUACUUGUGUUUAUAAGUUUGUUUUAGUGGCGUGUCUACAGGACCGCUGUUUGUGCGUCCUAGGUGGUUACUGCCUUUGCAAUGCUUGCUUGGAAAGCUCUGGUGCCAGGUAAGGAAGAAAAGAAAAUGGGAGAGGAGAGGUAAAGGUGAUGUAGGAUGAGUGAAAGAAAACAUAGUUAGGCGUGGUUUCAUUUGAAGAUAAGAACUUGUAUCAUUCACUUUAGAGGAAAUAAACCAGGUACAGUUAAUAUUGAUGAAGUGACAAGCCAAGUACCGUAUUUUUCGCUCCAUGACACACUUUUUUCCUUCUAAAAAGUAAGGGGAAAUAUGAGUGCGUCUUACGGAGCGAAUGGCACUGCGCAGAGAGGGAGAACUGUGCAGCGCCCCUUCAGCGACGCACCUGUCCUGCGAAGCCGGAGGAGGAACAGAGGGGACUCCUUCUGUUCCUCCUCCCGCUUCGCAGCGAUGUGCCUAUCCUGUGAAGGAGAGGCGCUGCACAGAGAGGGAGAACUGCGCAGCGCCCCUUCAGCGAUGCGCCUGUCCUGGCUUCUGCCUUAGCCAUGCGCAGCCUCUUCCGGGCAGGGCGAGCCUUCAUCCCGCUGCCUUGAAGAGGCUUGGCGCAGUUAUCCCAGAAGCCAGAACAGCCACACGGUAUCCCAGAAGCCAGAUCCCUCUUGCUGUUCUGGCUUCUGGGAUUCAAAAUAAUUUUUUCUUGUUUUCCUCCUCCCAAAACUAGAUGCACCUUAUGGUCUGGUGCGUCUUAUGGAGCAAAAAAUACGGUAAAUUCCGUUUCUAAAGUUCUGUGUUCUGCAAACGCUGCUCCAAUGUGACAUGGUGACUAUUUUUAGGCUCUAGUCAUGGACGUCUCCAGAGAUCCACAAAUACUUUCACUAGAGUGCUUGCGUUUAAUUCUGGCGUCCAGAACCCAAAGACUCUAGUGUACUGUGGCACAGAAGCAGGAACACAUUAAGAGAGCCCCUCUUUCAAAAUGGCGCCAGGCUUCUUUCUUCUGCCGGAACACGCUGUCACUGCCAUAGGUUGGAGGGGAGUGGUAGCUGCCCCCGCACAUAUUAUCUGCCCCUUCUCCCAUAUAAAACUGCCUUGCUGGGCAGUAGAUACAAAAAAAGGAGCAUGUUUCCUUCUAUGGAUCAGGAAGCAAGAGCCCAAAUUAGUGGCACCUUGCAGUCACCCUUUUAACCUACUAAUAAAAAAUUAAGAAAACUGUGUUGAGCAUGUGUGUGAGGAAGAGUUCUGUUUAUGGGUGGGCCCCGAGUUAUUUUUUUAAUAAAAAGCACUCGGUGAAUUGCAAUCUCUCACACAAUGUGUCUGAAUAUUUUAAGUUUAGUAGUUUUGUUAGGGAAUGUUGAGUAAGCGAGGCCUCUUAACCAUAUCUUCCUCCUUGUGUUGCAAGUCUUCUAAAAGUGAUGAACUCGCAAAUCCUUGACAAGAAUGUGUACAGCAAAUUGAAAACAGGUAUUCUCUUGGGUUUCUGAAAACUGCAGAGUAGCUAGGGAGAAGGGAGUUUUCGUUGGGUCAAUCAGGUGUCAAAUGUUUGCCAAGGACACUAGUGUAGUUGCUUAUUUUUGACUUGGAAUGUGCUGAGGAAAGCUCUGAUAGCAAGGAGACUGGGUGCUUGCAGCCGCAGAACCUUCCUGAAGCCUGAGGUGUAAAUCUGACCAUGUUCCAAUGCAACUAUGAUUAAUGCUUGCACAUUCAUCGUGUGGUGAUAGCAAUAUCAGGUGAUAAGUUUCAUGUGUAAAUCAGCUAUUGCAGAACUUUUGUAUUGCCUCAGACCAGAAUGCUCUUCUGUGGAGUCAGUUCACACAUAGGACUAAUCAGUGAGGGAACUUGCAUGUUUUAUUUUGGAUUGUUUUAUUUGAUGUUUGAAUGUGUUGCAAACCACUCUGAGGCUUUUUCUUUAAUAAAUAAUAAUAAAAAUAAAAAUGGUGCCUAGACAUUCCGUUGUGGAGACUGUAAGCUAGGCUUAAGGUACCAUUAGGUUAUUACCUUAUAUACAGUGGUACCUCGGGUUAAGAACUUAAUUCGUUCCGAAGGUCCGUUCUUAACCUGAAACUGUUCUUAACCUGAAGACCACUUUAGCUAAUGGAGCCUCCUGCUGCCGCCGCACCGCUGCUGCACAAUUUAUGUUCUCAUCCUGAAGCAAAGUUCUUAACCUGAGGUAAUAUUUCUGGGUUAGCAGAGUCUGUAACCUGAAGCGUAUGUAACCUGAAGCGUAUGUAACCUGAGGUACCACUGUAUCUGAGUUUCUAACACCGGCCAAAGGGACCUCAGCUUCUGGGAACUGGCUCCAAUGAUUCACGUUGAUCUAGCACCCUUGAGAAAACGGUAUUUCCCAGCAGUUCUUUGUAGCCUAGUGAUCUGGUGACCAGAAGCAGAGGAAGGAGAAGAGAGAGAAAGCGAUUGACCCUUCCUUCCUCCUUUAUGCCCAUGCUAGUGGAACACCAACCAGGUCAGUGGAGGGGGUUGAGGGGUGGGUGUGAGGUAAGGUUUUAUGGGCUGCCUGGGUGAGAGGGGGCUUGGUAGAUAACUGUUCUGUUGCUUGGAUUAAAAUCUGAACCAGGAAAGUACAGUGGUACCUCUGGUUGCGAACGGGAUACGUUCCAGAGCCCCAUUCGCAACCUGAGCAGAACGCAACCCACGUCUGCGUGGGUCACGAUUCACCACUUCUGCGCAUGCACGCGACGUCAUUUUGAGCGUCUGCGAAUGCGCAAGCAGCAAAACCCGGAAUUAACCUGUUCCAUUACUUCCGGGUCACCGCAGGACACAACCUGAAAAGAUUUAACCUGAAGCAAACAUAACAAGAGGUAUAACUGUAUUUCCAGGGCUGUAAUGCCUAGCCUUGUAUUUGAGGUGAGCAUUACGAGCCUCAGGAGACUCAUAUUUCUGAGCUUGUGGUUUGCAAAUAAAUGACAGAUUAUUAGCAGAAGCUUCAGUGUGUGUUUAGCCAAAAUUAUUACAAUUAUCUACCUGACAUAAGCUGCUGCCCAUAGUAGGACUGGGCAAAUAUUUCAAGGAAAACGGAAUAGCCAAGAACUGUUUUCUACUCCCCACAUCAGAGGGUUUCUUGCUAACCUUGAGUCGUAUGCAUCUGUGACCCAGUUAGUGCUGCCCCAUUUUGCUUACAAAUGUUCUUGUCUCUAGGGCCAUCUGCCUCUGACCCUACGUAGAGUUCCUUUCCAACAUGAAAAUGUUGCUUCCUUUUCUGUUGAGUGACUGGAAUCUGGAGUCCUGUGUUUUUUCUGUCUCCUUCCUGCCGUGACCCCAUAGAUGCUGCCCUUCUUGUGAGAUGGCAAGGGGAGAUUUGGGCUCAGGCUGCAUUAAAAAAAGAAAAGAGCAAAAAAACCUGACUGUAUGUAAACAAAAUGGGUGGGAUUCAACAGAAGAAUUUCCCCUUGUGUGAUGGAACCUGUUCUCCACCUGCUCCUUUCCCUGCCCCCCCCAAAAAUUGGAUUGGGGAUCAGGAGAACCCCUUCUGGCGAGCUGAAAUGUUUGUGCUGACAUAACACGAGGUUGAAUUCUUCCCAGUGUUUUCAAAACAAGAUGCCAACUCAUUUCAAACUAGAAUUCUUUUUUUUUAAAAAUGGAAAGUUCUUUGUUUAGUUUAAAAUAAGCUUUGAAUUUUGCUGUUCAAGAAGCUAUCCAUAUAUAUCUUGCACUUUCAACAACCCUUUUACACGAAGGGUGCUCUUUUUAAGAGUUUGAAGCACCUUGUUUUGAAAAAAAAAUGCAUAUGCACCGUUUUUUUCUUCACUGUUUUCGCAUUUGGCGUAAUGCCCUCCUGUGACGAGACAUUGGUUUAUCUGCCUGACAUGUGGGAGAGCAAAAUAAAGUUAGCACUGAGGCCAAAUAUACCCUGCAGAGUAUAUCUUUGUGACUGAUUAUGGAGUAGGACGGUGUAUGUUUUUUGUGAUUGUAAAUUGUUUCUGUUUUUAACAUUGUGUUUUAAGUGUUGCGACCUGCCCUGGGAUCUUAGGGUGAAGGAUGGCAAAUUAUUAUUAUUAUUAUUAUUAUUAUUAUUAUUAUUAAUGUAUUUGCAUUAUCAGUGCACAUAUGCGCAUCCUACAUAUGGAGUCACACAUGUGUCCCACUUUCCAAACACAAUGUGAUCCCAGGAAACUGUUCAUUAGGCAAACGUUUGCAUAACGAGUUGAUGAUCUCCAUUAUUUCCUAUGGAAACAUUGCUAUUCCGUGAUCUCUUAACCUCCCUCCAUGGUUUCUUCCUAAAAUGGCUGCAGCAUCUCUUUGGAAAAAGCAGAAGCAUAGGUAUAGACUUGUGAAGCUUUGGUCCAUGUUCUCUCUGCUGCUGAAUCCCUGCAAAGGUCUGCACCAGUGUGGGAAAGGAGAAACUGGCUUCCAGGCUAGAGGCUGUGGUUUUUGUGUUUACAGUGGUACCUCGGGUUAAGUACUUAAUUCGUUCCAGAGGUCCGUACUUAACCUGAAACUGUUCUUAACCUGAAGCACCACUUUAGCUAAUGGGGCCUCCAGCUGCCACCGCGCCGCCUGAGCACGAUUUCUGUUCUCAUCCUGAAGCAAAGUUCUUAACCUGAAGCACUAUUUCUAGGUUAGCAGAGUCUGUAACCUGAAGUGUAUGUAACCUGAAGCGUAUGUAACCCGAGGUACCACUGUACUUCUGGUUUACUAGAAUCUGAAUUGGAGAAAAAGUUAUCCUUAAAACGCUUAUUUAUCUCUUUAUUAUCUUCUAAAAUGCUUAUUGGUUCACGAUCACUGUGCUGUAUUACCUCUUUUUAAUAUAUAGAACAACACUUCUUGGCCACCGUUCAUCUGUUCACGGCUAGCAAGAGCUCCUUGCACGUCUCUGAUUCCCAUUGUUGUGUAUCUUGAGGGCUUCAGAAAAUACAGACAGGCUCGCUUCAGCCUGUGGCUUCGCCAGAAUAAGCAUUGAGACCUUUAUUAAACGAGGAGUUAUAUAGUUCGUUCGUAUUCCCUUUUGUGCAAUACUCCUGAUCUCAGGAACUAAAAAUAGAACUUUUUUUUCAAUAUAGAAGCCAAAUAAGAAGAUCCUUGGGGGAAGAAAAGAGUAGAAUGCCCUCUCCCAUCUCAUGCCCCAGCUCACCAUUGACUUGACGAAAAGAGCAAUAAUGUUUUAUGGUUUGAAAGUUGGCUGACCUGAGAUUCAACUUUUAAGAAAACAAGAAUAAUUGCUAAGGAGAUGACAGUUCUCUUUGAGGCUUGUUUUCAGCUCACUUCUCAGAGCACUUAUGUUCGGUACCUGUGAUCUCACGGUCAAACAUGCUCAUCUCUCUCUCUCUCCCCAUUAUUAAUUGUUAUUAUUUAAAUUUGGUUAUUGAGUUUCAUAAUAAAGUAUACACUUGUAGGGCUUUUCGUCUUGACACUUGGAAAUUUUAAUCGAAAACCAUGACAGUGUUUUGCAGUUUGGAAAUAGGGUACAGAUGUUCUAGAGCUGAGCUGCGUGGUCAGCAGAAUCGUGUGGUUCAUCGCUUCAGACUGCAGGCAGCACACAGUUUCUAUGUCUGAACGACUUCUGCCUCUAAACACAUCUUCCUGCUCAUGGAGAACUAGCAGGUCAGGCAGAAGGCUAUGCUUAAGAGCUCUCCUGUUAUAUUCACUCUAUAUUUAUCCAUCACCCCUCACCCAGAGGCUUCUCAGAGCAGCAAUAGAUAUUUCAAAAUCUACUGGGCGGAGCUAUUGCUACAAGGUCUCUGAGCCCCUUUCAUCACUGGACCCUUCCGCUGGGCUUCCAUUAAGGUAAAGGUAAAGGGACCCCUGACCAUUAGGUCCAGUUGUGACCGACUCUGGGGUUGCGGUGCUCAUCUUGCUUUAUUGGCCAAGGGAGCCAGCGUACAGGUUCCAAGUCAUGUGGCCAGCAUGGCUAAGCCACUUCUGGCAAACCAGAGCAGCGCAUGGAAAUGCCGUUUACCUUCCUGCCGGAGCGGUACCCAUUUAUCUACUUGCACUUUGACGUGCUUUCGAACUGCUAGGUGGGCAGGAGCAGGGACUGAGCAACGGGAGCUCACCCUGUCGCGGGGAUUCGAACCGCCGACCUUCUGAUCAGCAAGUCCUAGGCUCUGUGGUUUAACCCACAGCACCACCCGCGUCCCUAUCAUCUAGUCCUAGCUUACACCAAUUUCUUCUUACAGACUUGCCACUAGGACUCUGACUCAAAUACCUGUGUUUCUUGUUGCCUUCUUAUGUGCUCAGAGUGUGAAGGCUCCAUCUGCAUCCUUUUUCACCUCUGACCUUUCUUUGGACACUGUUUUCGCAGGCUGUAGCCUCUUACCUCUGUUCCCUUGAACUCCUCACUCUGAGCAUGGGGUGGAAUGCAUAUUGAUGAUUCCCCUCCUGCUUCUCUUUCCUCUUUCUGAUUCCUCCUUAAGCCCUUGCCUCAGCGGUUCUGUUUUAUCUCUGCACCCUGUGAGGAGAGGCGUGACUUCCACCCUGACCUGAUUUAUUGCUCGCAUGGCUUCCUGCGAAGACUUAACACAUUCACAGCAGCAGCAGAGCUGCUUCCUCCUAACACCUUCCUGCUAACAGUCUAGGGGCCAAACUGCAUAUGACAUUAAAUGGGUCAGUUGUGUGACUCUAUUUUAAAAACUAUAAAUAGCAGCCACUGGAGGGCCUAACCAAGACCAUGUGUGUAGGGGAGAAACCUGUCAGGAAGUUCCCAAUCAUCCCAGUGGCACUUUUCCUUUCAGGGCUAAUAGCAACUUGGGUGUGUAUUUGAUAUUCCCCCCUCCCCUGGCACUAUGGCCUGGGAAUAAAGACUUAAUCCCACUCUCAUCACAAACUCGGUUCCGAUCAGGCUCUCCAUAGUCUGCUCAUGGUUUUUAAAAGAUUUGUCAGGCAAUUGCAACUGAUGUAGUUUAGCUGCAGGUCUCUCUGUGCAGAGUUCUUAUAAUAUGAAGGAGAGCAUUUGAGCAUGUCUAAAGGGGUGCAGUGGGACGUGGGUGGCGCUGUGGGUUAAACCACAGAGCCUAGGACUUGCCGAUCAGAAGGUUGGCAGUUCGAAUCCCCGCGACGGGGUGAGCUCCCGUUGCUCGGUUCCUGCUCCUGCCAACCUAGCAGUUCAAAAGCACGUCAAAGUGCAAGUAGAUAAAUAGGUACCACUCUGGCGGGAAGGUAAACGGCGUUUCCGUGCACUGCUCUGGCUUGCCAGAAGCGGCUUAGUCAUGCUGGCCACAUGACCUGGAAGCUGUACGCUGGCUCCCUCGGCCAGUAAAGCGAGAUGAGUGCCGCAGCCCCAGAGUUGGUCACGACUGGACCUAAUGGUCGGGGGUCCCUUUCCCUUUACCUAAAGGGGUGCGGGGGAAGAGCUGCAAGAAAAGAGAACACAGUUGUAAAAAGAGGACAUGUUAUAGUAGUCCAGUAUGGAUUUUUCCAGAGCAUAAAUAAUGCUGGGGAGGUCAGGAGUAGCCGGGUCCUCCAGGUGUUCCUGGAUCUGCAACAGCAUGAUCAAUGGCCAAAGGUGGUGGAUAUUGUAGUCCAGCACUCAUCUGGAGGGCACCUCACUUGGUGGAAGGAUGUUUGUGCCACUGAUGCCCGUUUGGUAUCCAAGUUGCGAAUCUGAUUCUUUUAGGGGAAGCGUAAGCCCUUUCAGAACAGGUUGAACACCACCAUUCCAGUCCACUAAAUCAUCUACCAGCACUUUACCUGCCUUGUCUGGAUUUGCUUUUGCAUUCCAUUCCUUAUUGGGUCCAUUUCUGAUUCAGAUACCGGUUCGCCGCAUUCACAGCCUCACUUGGCUCAAUGAACACUUUUCUUUCUUACAUCUACAUAUCACCCUUUCGUCCAAGGUGCUCAAGGUGGUGUAUAGUCCUCUUCUCUUCUGCCUUUUAUUCCUGCAGGAGAUAACUAGAACAUGUACCACUCUGGUGAGACAGGGCACAGGCAGGUAAGGUCUCGGCCGAUGAACCAGAUGGAGCUGGUCGACAGCCACCCUGGACACAGAGUUGACCUGUGCCUCCACGGACAGCUGUGAGUCCAAAAUGACUCCAAGGCUGUGCAGCUGGUCCUUUAGGGCAGGCAUCCCCAACCUACGGCCCUCCAGAUGUUUUGGCCUACAACUCCCAUGAUCCCUAGCUAACAGGACCAGUGGUCAGGGAUUAUUGGAAUUGUAGUCCAAAACAUCUGGAGGGCAGAAGGUUGGGGAUGCCUGCUUUAGGGUCACAGUGUUGCACUUUUGUAUGAUAGUCCUAGCUCACUUUAUAGGGUUGUUGUAAGUUGUCUACUCUGCCCCAUCCCACCCAAACACAUUCUGUAGAGCUUUAAAUGGGCAGAGUGAGACCUCUGGCUUAACCUCCAUUCCCUUUCUUCUGCAGAUGUUUUUGCCUGUGUUUCAAGCACCUGGUCAGAGCAACCAUUGGAGUUGUUGUGUUCCUGAAGUACCCAACACAGUGCCCUUGGGGUGUUGUUGGAACGCAGCUCCCAUCAGCCCCUGCCUUCAUGGCUGGUGGUCAAGAAUGAUGGAAGUUUUAGUCUACAAAUAUAUGUCAGUUGCCCCUGCCAUAUGCCUUGAGCAUGUUUGCAGAGUGGCAAUCAGUCUCUUAAAAAUGGCUUGUGAAUAGUCACUUGUGCAGUUUAUCUGUGAUGUGAGUGUUAGCACAUUUCCUGCAGGCAACUGGGAAAAGAUAACUUUGGAGUCACAAAUGGGUAUGUAUAGGCAGCCAGGCUAUGAAAUAUUUUUGUGGUCUUUUCUUUAUAAGACAGUCCUGCAAGCAUUCAUUAAACAGAAGGGAGGGUUAAUGUUUUGCUUGCACACUGAUUUCAGGUGUGUCAAACUGUGUCUAGUAUGCCGAGUCUAUAGUAGGCUUUUCCCUCUAUUUUUAUAUAGAAAGUUGGCUGCUUUUCAGUUUGGGAAGUUCGCAACGCAAAGCUUUCUGUCAAAUACUGUGCAGAGGCCAUUAAGGGAAUUGUUUGCAAACAAAACUUUUCAUGUCCAUAGAGAACCAGUGGAAAUAGAAGCCACAUCUAAAUAUUGCAAAUAAACAGAGGCCCCAGGCAUUGCAUGUCACAGUGUCGGGUAUCUGAUGUGGAUUUGGAAUGCAGGUUAAAAUGACUUGGCCCUGUGCUCAUAACCCUUGGAAACUCAACAUCUCAGAUUAGUGCUGAUAUACAGAUGCGCUGGCAUCGGCUCCUUUCUCCAUUUAUGGGGAUUUUGACAUCUUGUCCUAAAGUUCUGGUCCCUGGCCAAAGAAAUUAUAAGAGAUUACAUGGCUCCAGCUUCUCUUAGUCCCAGGAAUCUCUACGCUAGGGGUUUGUUUCCACUGUCCCCUGGUGAACUUUAAUGGAGAUCUUUGCAACCAGCUCAUUCCGGCAGUGUGCGGGACAGAUUCUGCCAUGUGCUAGUGCAAGUUUUCUUGUGCCCUUUUCCCUUUUUUGCUCAUAAGUUUAUUGUUCUAGCCAAAGGCCAUGACAAACUUAGUACCCUCUUGCUUGUGUGAACAAAGAUUUCAGAAAGCAAUCUCUUGAGUCUCUAUAUAAGGGGCAGAUUAAUGAGUGAUGUCUUCACCUGAGCUUGACCACAAAUACAAAGUCUUCUGUUGUAGUGGCCAUCCAAGAUUGCACUGGAGCUAGUUCAAGCAGUUUUGUAGCUUACUGUUAUACUCACGUAAUGCCUUUGACUAGACUUUACGAAGAGAACAGUACCCAGUAAUUCUGGAGAAGCAAAAAAAAUGCAAUGCAUAUCUAGACUACAAAUACGUUGGUUCUAUAUAAUAAUAUUUUGUACCUACAUAGCACUUCAGAACAUUCAGAGCACACACUUUUAUAGCUGUUUGCAGGGCAGAUGGUCAGGGUUAGAAACUUGGAUAGAAAAGCUAGGAGCCAAAUGGCUCCUGGGACUUGGGUUUGGGUGCCAAAACAGAAUGUCUAGUCGCCAUGUUGGGGGGGGGAGUGUUGGCCAGCAACACAUUUUAUUUAUUAUUUUGAUAAGCAUGAACUAAUACGCAAGACGCGGGUGGCACUGUGGGUAAAACCUCAGCGCCUAGGACUUGCUGAUCGUCAGGUCGGCGGUUCGAAUCCCCGCGGCGGGGUGCGCUCCCGUUGCUCGGUCCCAGCGCCUGCCAACCUAGCAGUUCGAAAGCACCCCCGGGUGCAAGUAGAUAAAUAGGGACUGCUUACUAGCGGGAAGGUAAACAGCGUUUCCGUGUGCUGCGCUGGCUCGCCAGAUGCAGCUUGUCACGCUGGCCACGUGACCUGGAAGUGUCUUCGGACAGCGCUGGCCCCUGGCCUCUUAAGCGAGAUGGGCGCGCAACCCCAGAGUCGGACACGACUGGCCUGUACGGGCAGGGGUACCUUUACCUUUACCUUAAUACACAAUUCACAUAAGUGACACAUUGUUAAGAUCACAUUUUUAACCGAAAUAGUUAAUAUAUGUUUAAUUUGGUGUUGACAAUAAAAAUAUUGGCACCAUACUUCAGUUUUCAAAACACUCUACUCUUUACUGUAUUGUUAAACUUCUUAACUUGUCUAUCUUUAUCAUAUACUUUGAGGCUUCAAAGCACACACAUUUAAGUAAUUCUUGAGUGUCAGCCGGGCACAAAAAAUGGCACCCAGACUUUUUGAGGUGCUCGCAAAUGGAGAAUCUUUAGGCGCAAAAUGUGCCUGGCAACCUGCUAAUUUUGAACCUUGAAGAUGGUAUGGUCCCCGCUUCAGCUUUUAAGGCAGUUACAAAGAAGGAUAGUUGCUUGUGAUGUUCAUUCUCACCCCAUGUUUCACUAUGCUAAAUGGAGUUGGGGACACCAAGUGUGUUGGGAUGCAACUGCUCUCAAGCCACUUUGAGCUCCCUUUUUAGGCAGUCAUACAUGACCUUGGUAUCAUUACAACUGGGAUCUUGCAGAUAGCUAUCAUUAUUCUCUUUUGCCCUGUCGAAAGGAUUCUAGGAGCCCCUGCGAGGAGAGAUGCCUGUUGAAUCAGGCAUCGGUUGCAGAAUGAAAUGUGACCUUUUCAUGUUGGGCUCAGUUGCAACAAAUGUGCACAAAGGAGAAUUUCCAUUGGUCGAGAUAGAAUCCAGUUGCUUAGAUAUGUGCAACACAUUGUAAUAAUAAUAAUAAUAAUAAUAAUAAUAAUAGUAGUAGUAGUAGUAGUAGUAGUAGAUUGAAAGUUCACGGUCUGGAGCCCUUGCCUGGAGGUGCCAUGGGAUCUGCAGACACUAGAUUGGUGACCCUACCUUACUGCAUGACAUAUAUGGCUGCCUCAGUUAUAUAUCCCUGACUUAAGGGUGAAAAUGUCUGUUGGUGAUGAGAGAGCCCAUUUACUAGUACAGUGGUACCUUGGCUGUCGAACUUAAUCCAUUCCAGGAGUCUGUUCAACUCGUGGAACCGUUCGAAAACCAAGGUGAGGCUUCCGAUUGGCUGCAGGAGCUUUCUGUACUCAAUCGGAAGCCGCGUCGGACAUUCGGCUUCUGAAAAAUGUUCGCAAACCGGAACACUUACUUCUGGGGUUGUGGCAUUCAGGAGCCGAUUGUUCAGGAGCCACGCCGUUCGACAACCAAGGUACCACUGUACUGGGGCUUGUGCAUGUGGAAAGUUAUCAUAUAAUUGGAACUAGCUACUUGCUGGCUCUCAUUUGGCUCUUGUGUGGACUUCAGCAGAACACAACCUCUUAAGAUGUUUGACUCCAUUGCGAUAAGGGUAUAUCAGAUACCUCUGAAGAGGACCAAACUAAGAGGAAGCCAUUGAGCCUUUUGCUCAUGUAGGGUUAUUUAGACUUGCUGACAGCUGUUAAUUAUUGACAAGGGUUUAGAGAUUAGCUGCCUUGUUUUGAAUUGGAGUAAAUCAUUGAACUGAAGAGAAUCUCUUAAUAAACCUCCAAAACCAAUGUUAUUUACUAACAUUAACUUACUCUGCCAAGUUGUAUGUGUUCUUCAUUUUAAUUUUAUUAUUCGUUUAUUAUACAUUACAUUUGGUGGAGUCAAAAAGUUGAAUAAGUGGAAUAUGAGGCCGCUUGAUGCUGUAGUGAACAAGAUCCUAGGCAACAUCUGAACUCAUACUUUAUACAAAAUAGGCCAGACAAAAGGCAAAUUCUUGGUUUCUCAGUGAAAAUCUAUUGGAAAACAAGAACUCGCCUUUUUAUUUAAAAAUAAUAAUAACAAAAAAGUCAUUGCAAACAGCCACAGGCAUUUGAAGUCUUUGUUUCUGUCUCUGUUGUACUUCUGGCAGAUGUCUAAGGACAAGGGAACAUUAUACUUUGCUUUCUAGAAAAUAACACAUGUCUGGAAAAGCUAGAUUUAGGGGGCAGCUUUGCCCUUGGCCAGAAUACCUCAUUAAUACCAGAAAGAAUAAUAAGAGAUGAGGGAGGGUAGAGGGUGAAGAACAAAAAAAUGCACUUGUAGGAAAAAAUGUAUUAUUUUUAGAAGGCUUUGAAAUUCCUUGUGUACUCCUUCACAAAAUUGAGGGAUCUUGAUAGGCUCAAGCACUGGAACGUUGCUGUGUUUAACACUCAGGAAUGAGUUGGGGAAAGGGGGGAAACAGUUCAGGUGGUGGGUUUCAGUUGCUGGACUGCCUCUGGCUGCAGUUUGAAAUGUGUGUUUUUGGGAUAGCAAAGAUAGGCUAAUUCAAGUGAGGGACACUUUAGGAUGUAGAAGGAGACUUCUGAACCAUGUGUCUGUAGUGUGGGAAGAAGAAGAAGAAGAGUUUGGAUUUGAUAUCCUGCCUUUCACUCCCUUUAAGGAGUCUCAAAGCGGCUCACAUUCUCCUUUCCCUUCCUCCCCCACAACAAACACUCUGUGAGGUGAGUGGGGCUGAGAGACUUCAGAGAAGUGUGACUAGCCCAAGGUCACCCAGCAGCUGCAUGUGGAGGAGCGGAGACGCGAACCCAGUUCCCCAGAUUACAAGACUACCGCUCUUAACCACUACACCGCACUGGCUCUUAACCACUACACCACACUGGAGAAAUGGAUCUUGCAGAACCAUACCUGUGGCUGGGCGAUAUCUGGUUUUCAACAUCAUGAUAUAUCGCCAGCUAAACAUUACGGUAUACAGCUAUAUAAAGGUGGAGCUAUAUAGAGGCAUUGGCUGGCUUCGUGGUUUUUACCGCAUUGUGAUUUUUGAAUAGCACACACCUAGGCAUCAUGAUUCACAGUAUAUCGCCAGGUCAAAAAUUAUGAAACUGAUAGAUAUCAUGAUAUGGACUUCGAACUGGUUUUGGAUGAUAUAUCACAUAGCCCUAUCUGUGAUGUGCUCCUUCACACGAUGGGUAAUUAACUUACGGACAUGAGAACCACAGUCUGAGAUGGGCUUAAAAAGUUAAAGGUAAAGGUACCUCUGGGGUUGCGUGCACAUCUCACUCUAUAGGCUGAGGGAGCUGGCGUUGGUCCACAGACAGCUUCUGGGUCAUGUGGCCAGCAUGACUAAGCCGCUUCUGGCGAACCAGAGCAGCACAUGGAAACGGCGUUUACCUUCCUGCCGGAGUGGUACCUAUUUAUCUACUUGCACUUUGAUGUGCUUCCAAACUGCUAGGUUGGCAGGAGCAGGGACUGAGCAACGGGAGCUCACCCCGUCGCGGGGAUUCGAACCGUCGGCCUUCUGAUCGGCAAGCCCUAGGCUCUGUGGUUUAGACCACAGCGCCACCCGUGUCCCUUGAGAUGGGCUUAGUGGUGGGUAAUUUUAAGGCAAAUUCAUGGAGGAAAGGUCUGUCAAUGAAAAUUAUCCUUCAUGAUAACUAAUGGAGCCUCAGUGUAGGGAGACGGCAUAGUCCUGAAGACCAGGUUCUGGGAGCCAAUAAUGGAGGGCCCUAAUUUUAAACUUUGUGAAAGCACGUGGGUGGCUGUUGUGCGCGAUGGAAUGUCCAGUGACAUGGUUCCUUGACUUGAGCCAGCAGGGCUGGAUCCUUACUGCAUAUAAGAAUGCUUACACAAGUAUAGCUGUGUGGGUGUGUAUCCCUAUCCCCUUGACUAAAAGGCUAUUAAUUGCUGAUCUCAUCUCUCUUUGGUGUUCUUCCAUUGAACGCGCCGCUAGACUUUUGCUUCUAAAGAGCAAUAGAGCUUGAAUUUCACCUUUGCACUGUAUAAUUUAUUUACAGAGAAGAGAACUUGGGUCACUUACUAUUUGGACCAUGAUUACAUCAAGCCAGAAGAGACCCUUUGUUGCUCAGUUUUAAGUGCUCUGUAUAUUCGCUGACUGGAACAGUAGGCUCAAGUUAAGUGUAAAUACCCCGCUUAACUAGCACAGAAAAGAGAGAAGACAAAGGCACCCAAAUGGAAACAAAAGUCCUCACCUUCUGUCGGGAGCCUCCCCUCUUUUGAGCAAACCUGUUUUGGUCUGUUGUUUGCCUAUUACCCUGAUGAAGGAAUUGCAUAAGGCAGGAGAUGGGGGACAGUCUUCUCUUGCUGAUGAUCAAACAAGGUGUUAAAGGGGGGGAGGACUGAAUGUACAAAUACUUACCAAACCUAUCUUCACAGAGGUAAAAGUGGAAACAGUAUUGUUAUAGAUUGGGGGGACCCCCCUAAAUCAUAUAAAUUAGGCAUGAUUUUUGAUUAUUUGGGAUGUGAAGGGAGAAAUAAAAGCUGCAGAAGAAUUCCUGAGCUAGCCAAAAAGACCUGGCCAUUAAGAAACAAGACAGGGCCAUUGCCAUUGCAAGAGAACUGUCCUCCCCCUUUGCCUUGAGGUAUGAACAGAGGCUGGGGUUUGGGAAGGUUGCCAGGGUAACUGGAUGUGAGGUGACAGGCAAAGAGAAGGUUUUUUUUAGCAAGGUGUUCUGGGAAGAAGAAGGGGGGAGAAGAAGGACUGAGAUCCAUCUUUGGCAGGCUGGCUGAAGGCUGACUGGGAGAGAUGCCUUGGACUCUGUGGCUGCAGCGCUGAGGGGUACAAUCCCCUCUUGGAAUGCUGUAAGAUCUGGACUCCCUUCAUGCAGACUGAAGGUGUAAAUAGGCGAACAAACCUUAUUUCUUAAAGCUACAACAGUCUCUGCCAUGUCUCAAUUCUGCAAAGGAACACAGACCCUGGGUGAGUGCCUGGAACCCCCUGGACACUUGCCACCGCUCGUCGGAGAGAGGGGGAGGCACCCAACUUUUGUAACAGUAUACACACCACAAGCAGCAUUCGCUCUAUCGAACUGCCUUCAGACGUCUGGGAUGACAAAAUCCUUUGCCUCUAGCCAUCAAAGUGCCUUUCUGUGAGGUCUCUUUUAUGUCCUAGUGAAUCCUCAAUGAUUAUCUUUAUAGUUGGCAAAAGGCAGAGUCUCAGGACAGCUGGUGAUGUCUGUUUAGAGAGGUAUGUGUAUGUUGGAGAGAGAGAGAGGGAUGUUGGGGUCAGAGUCUAUAUUAUCCUGGUCAGAGGGACAAGGGUGGUGCUGUGGUCUAAACCACUGAGCCUCUUGGGCUUGCCGAUUGGAAGGUUGGCAGUUCGAAUCAGCGCGAUGGGAUGAGCUCCCAUUGCUCUGUCCCAGUUUCUGCCAACCUAGCAGUUCGAAAGCAUACCAGUGCAAGUAGAUAAGUAGGAGCCACUGUGGCAGAAAGAUAAACUGUUUCCAUGCGCUCUGGAACUUGUCAUGGUGUCUCAUUGCGCCAGAAGCGGUUUAGUUAUGCUGGCCACAUGACCUGGAAAGCUGUCUGUGGACAAACGCCAGCUCCCUUGGCCAGAAAGCCAAGAUGAGCAACACACCCCAUAGUCACCUUUGGCUGGACUUAACUGUCCAGGGGUCCUUUACCUUUAUGUUAUCCUGGUCAGUAAACUUUAUUUGGCCAACUUUUGAUUGGUUGGGGUAGACAGUAGAGUCUCUUUCAUAUUAGAAAAAGAGUAGCUGUUAACCUCUCCUCCUCUUCCUACUAUGAGAUGUGAAAAAAAUAGAGUGGAAGGCUAUGGAGUGGGCACUCAUUUCAUAUUUGCUGAAUCAAAAGCAACACAUUGCUUUGGGGCAAACUGGUACUGAUUUCCUCACGAAGCUGAAGCAAACACAUAUCUCUUAAUGGGAAACAGUACCAGCCAGGCUGAAACAUUAUGCCUAAUGUGCCGAUCAGUGCCUUCCUAAUCCUUCAGGACCUCUGGCACGCUUCAGAAAAUUAAUGUUUGGUUUGGUGAAGCAUAGGGGUGGACAAACAACAGUUGGGCGCUUUUAUCUUACAUAGUCAGAUAUGAGCAGCUCUUUAUGAGUCUGGAAUAAACUUGCAUUUCUAACGUAAGGGAGAUCGUACAGUAGAUUCCAAAUACUGGUUGCAACCCGCGGAAAUUAUAACACCAGGAAACAGGCUGGGAGUACUUUUUGAUGACAGAGCCCUAAACAGAGGACUCGUUUGACAGCCGGCUUUUUUCUUAAACAACAGCAGGUCCUUUGUGCAAGUGAUAGGGUAGAAACAUUGCAAAACACUGUGACUUGGCAUAGGAAGCUUUCAUUAUUUAUCUAUAAAAACGUAUGAGAGCCUUGCAAAGAAAAGUAGAACUCAAGGUGAUUUGCAGCCAGUGCUAUUUUUCUAGGAGGUGCUGGAGCUCACCACGAGCCAGUGUGGUGUAGUGGUUAAGAGCGAUGGGCUCGUAAUCUGGUGAACCGGGUUUGAUUCCCCGCUCCUCCACAUGCAGCUGCUGGGUGACCUUGGACUUGUCACACUUCUCUGAAGUCUCUCAGCCCCACUCACCUCACAGAGUGUUUGUUGUGGGGAAGGAAGGGAAAGGAGAUUGUUAGCCGCUUUGAGACUCCUUAGGGUAGUGAUAAAGCGGGAUAUCAAAUCCAAACUCUUCUUCUUCUUCUCCCUUGUUCUCUUAGAAUGGCACCAACCUGAGAGGUGCCGGAGCUAAGCUCUGGUGAGGUCCCGCUGAAAAAAAGCCCUGUGUGUAGCCAAAAAAGGAACAUCGUAUUAAAUUCUAGUUUAAAAUGCUUUCUUGAUAUUUCCAAAGCCAGAAGAAAUGUAGUAACUCCAAUGCAAGUCAGUCCAAAAGAACUUAACAAGGUUAGAUGAGGUAGGGGGAGAGAAAAAGAAACGAAAAUGCAGGACCUCAGGAGUGUAUGGGAAUCUGUUCAUUAGGGCCAGACAUGAAUGAAGAGAUUCUGGCUCAGCUGUGCCUGAAAAACGUAUUUUGAAAGGAGCAGCUUAUGCGUUAACAAGCUUAUGGACCUGAAGUUACUUAGAUGUUUGAAGCCUGAUAGAAUAGGUAGAUUUUCACCAGGCCUCUGAGUGCUAAGAAGGAUAACCUGGCAAGCCUCCCUGGAGAGGACAUGAAGCAGUUCUUGGCACCACAAAUAAGAGUCCUAUCUCAGGAGCCCAUAAACUGACAUCAUAAAGAGCUGUAUACAGAACAGGGUCUCCCAGAUGUGCUUUGGCUAGAGGGAGGUUUCUGUGGGAGAUGUUCUCAAAGAUACUCUUGAGCUAAGGCCGUUUCUGAAACAGAGUACAUGAUUGCAGCAUACAUUUUCUUCUUGCAAAGCAUUAUUAAGUAACUUUGCAUGUGGAUAUAGACAUUGCUAGAGCAGUUUACCAUUUACUAUGGGUAUAAAUUUUCCGGAUUUGCAGACAUCUGCGUUACUUCAUAUGCAUCUGCAAGGAAGCCAACACUUGGUGAUAGUUUUUAAGUCAUCUGCUUAAAGCUGGGUGGGGGGGUUAAUGCUGCUUUAAUGGGUAAACAUUUAUUUAUUUCUGGCUAAAUAAUUGUUGAGAGAAGCUUGAAGUCAUGACUUCAGCAAAAUAUGGCUGUGAUCCACCAGCACUCUCUUUCCAGUGCAGAAGAAACAGCUUUAGUAUCAGUGUAAUUCUGUUGGUUUGUUUUUUUUUAAUGUUGCAGGAUGUGCAGGAGUUAUUAUUUGAAAUUAACAAACAGGGCUUCAAUUGGGAGCCGAUUGAAACUAAAUCCUUCGAAGACAGAGGUCCUAUGGCUGUGUCGGGAUGGCAUGGGGAUGAGGGACCAAUUCCCUUCUCUUGUGGGGGCCCAAUUAGUGCCAUUGCCUUCCGUUAAGAGUUUGGGUGUAAUCCUUGACGCCUCCCUUUCCAUGGAGGUGCAGGUUACAGCAACAGCCAAGGCGACAUUUUUCCACCUUCGCCGCAUCAAGCAGUUGGUCCCUUACCUUUCCCGCCCCGACCUGGCCACAGUGAUCCAUGCGACGGUCACCUCCAGGCUUGACUACUGUAAUUCGCUCCACGCGGGGCUGCCCUUGAAGCUGUCCCAGAAACUCCAGCGGGUGCAGAAUGCUGCAGCGAGGCUCCUCACGGGGUCUCUGCCAUGGGAGCAUAUUCACCCAGUGCUUUUCAAGCUGCACUGGCUCCCGGUGGUGUACAGGGUCAGAUUUAAGGUGCUGGUUUUGACCUUUAAAGCCCUUCACGGCCUAGGACCCUCGUACCUACGGGACCACCUCUCCCGGUAUGCCCCACGGAGAGCCUCAAGGUCCAUAAAUAGCAACACCCUAGUGGUCCCGGGCCCUAAGGAAGUUAGAUUAGCUUCAACCAGAGCCAGGGUCUUUUCAACACUGGCCCCGGCCUGGUGGAACACUCUGCCUCAUGAGACCAGGGCCCUGCAGGAUCUGAUUUCUUUCCGCAGGGCUUGUAAGACAGAGUUGUUCCGCCUGGCCUUUGGCUUGGAGCCAAUUUGAUUCCCUCCCUCCCUUUCUUUUUUUCUUUUCCUUCUCCUCCUGCGAUGAGGCUACAUUUUAAUAUUUUAAUGUUUCAUUAUUUUAAUGUUGUAUUUUAAUUUUGUUUUUAAGUUGUAAUCAUUCAGCUUGUUUUUAUUACUGCUUGUAAGCCGCUCUGAGCCCGGCCUUGGCUGGGGAGGGCGGGGUAUAAAUAAAUAUUAUUAUUAUUAUUAGACCUUCCAGGUUACCUGCAGUAAGUAAGAAUCCCUUGUGCUCAGAGAUGGGAAGCUUUUGUAAAUUCCUGUUGAUUUCUCAUAUACAGCUAACAAGAUAUGUUUGGGCAGGUAGGCCAGUAAUUUUUGUGAACAGACUUUAAAGGUUGAAAAAACUACUAUUUGGAACUUCUUCAUUUUUUGACAAAAAAAAAGAAGGUUAAGUUGCCUUAAUAUUCUUGACGUGUGCCCUUUUCGCUUUUGUUUUUGUUAAAGGUACGAACGCUAUUUGUCAGCGGCCUGCCUCUGGACAUCAAACCCCGGGAACUCUAUUUGUUGUUCAGACCAUUCAAGGUACCCUGCUAUUGAACUUGGAACUGAAGUGCCAGUGUCCUUAUUUACGUAAAUACUUGUGGUUCGUUUACUGUUUGUCAUAGAUGGUAAAUCGGCGCAAUAAUAUGUAAUUGCCUCUUCUGGAGUAGCAGACAGAAAUUCAGACGAUGCUCCUCAGUAUCUGGAUUUUGAAAAAAGGUUGGGAUGCAGUCUAUCAUGAUAUCUUAUUUCAAAUAAAAACUUGGCUACAAUGACUUUCCCAUGAAGUGAAAGUUGGCCAAGAGCCCAUGAGUAGAGUAAUUAUAAAUAGCAUACUGGUGUGAUCAGGAUUUAAAGUUGUGAAUGCUAACCUCUAAUGAUGAUAGGGAUUUGGAGUAAGGAUUCAUAAGAAGGCUGAGCGACGUGUAAUAAUAUGAACACACUUAUGUAUGCUUCCUGCAAGCAUACAUGCGCAUUCCUGGUUGCUCCUUGGAAGUCCCCCAGCUCCCAGUCCAGGCAACAGAAUUCCUACAGCCCAGCCUGGUAUAUUUUCUGUUGCAGUGCUCAUUUCUCUUAGGAAAUAAACCCCAUCUCCCAAGUUUUAACUACUAGAUGUAAAAAUGUCCCAACUCCAGACUUCCUCAGUACACAUUAGUGUCUUGGCAUUAUGUAUGUAGCAAACUGAAUCUGGCUAGCUAAUGCUGAAGUACCUUGACUACCUUCAUGAUCCUGCUUUUGCUAGAGGAAGAGAAAUAGAAAUGCUUCCCUUUUAUACUUCCCAGCAGUUGGCGUUUCUUGGGGUACAGCUACUUUUCUGUUUCCGUUUGUAUUAAAAUCCAGAUGUGCAUGUGUCCCAUUUUCAGACAGAAAAUGAAUUGGACUAUAGAGUCACUAAAUUUGAGUUUCUGGGUCUUACAGACAUAAUCUGUAAUGAUUUUAACAUCCCAUAAGUAUUAUUUUUGCUUCCAGGGAGCACUGUAAAUGUCUCAUCACUGCAGAAUUUGCAUGGAACUAUAGCCCUGAUUCCCGCUGCUUUAAGAAAACCACCAGUGGCUUUGUGACAUAUUACUCUUAUCCCCACCCUUCCGUCAGACCUGUUUGCAUGCCUAAGAAGCAUACCUCACAUUUAGAAAAGGGGAAAAGCCUGAAGCCUGCCAUGCUCAACAGGCCUGGAAGCGAACAGGUCAAGAACGAAUUUGAGCAGGACCUACCAUAACUAGUGUCUGAAAUUGAAAAUGGAGAGGCAGCAUGGGAUUUGGGAAGCAGAGACGGAGGGAAAGGCAUCCCAAGGGCAAGAGAGGAAGUAGAGCCCCAUGAGAAGAACAAAGCCAACUGGAUAGGGAAUCUGGGACAGGAACUUGCCCCACCUUUCUCAGCUUCUGCCUAUCCUCAUGGUUACUUCACACACACACUUAGAUACUUUGGUGUGCAUCUCACUAGCUGCUUAAGAUUUGCAUCCUUAGCUUUCCUAGUAAAGCUAUUUGAAGAGUCUCUUCCACAAACAUUCCCUUUGACCUGCCUUUGCAAAUCAUCAGCUAUGUUCCUUUUAUUGCUAGCAGAGCAGGGAUAUAAAUUUUGCUCAUCUUUUACAUGAAAUCCUCAGACACCCAUAUUUAAUUGGGCAGAGUGGACACCUCUUAGACCUGGGGUAGCUAACCUUUUUUGGCCUUCUCUCUGCCUCUUACACCCACGACGCACAAACCCCUAUUUGAUCACCCCUGUUUUAUACCAUCCCAGAAUCUGUAUCACCCUUUAUUUACAUCUGCAAGUAGACACUAGACUUGAAUGUUGAUUCUCUUUUAAGGAGUUUUAAAAAAAUAAAUCGGAAUAACUUCUCUAAACAUUCAGUGUAGUCAUAUAGUAAGCCUGGAUUUAAGAAUGCAGAUAUGUUACGUUUGAAUGUUCCACCAACUGUGUAUGUGUAUAUAUUUUUAAACCACCUUCCUUGCAUAUGUGAUGUUGGGGCAAAGAGUUCUAGGUUCUCAUAUUCUGCCUUGUGUGCAGGUUUGCCAUAUUCAUUUGUUCCCUGAGGCAUCUGAUUGGUCACUGUGUUUAUAUGAGAAGGGGGGCAUUCAGAUGUGUGGUGAUCCCAGUUGCAGUGGAAAAGCUUGUACCCAAGCAACAAAACCACAGCCAUACUGAAGUACUACUGUAAAAUUAUGGAUAUUUUAAUAAUUCACAGUUUGGAUGGGUUUUACAAUGCAAAGCUUCAUAUGUUUACUCAGAAGGAAGCCCUACUGUGCUCAGAAUCAAUCAAUCAUUUUAUUUGCAUGCUCCCUUUCCAAAGUUAAAACCAUGCUUAAGGCAGCUUACGACAUAAAAAAGUUACAUAACUACAAACAUAACCAAAGUAGUCAUAAACAAUAAAACAUCAAAAAGUACACAACCAAAUUGAACAAUUUCCACAUAACUUGUAAAAAAAGAUACAAAAAUUAAUAUCAAUAACAGCAAAAAACUCCAAAUAGACUCCAAAGAGUCUGUUCAGCAGCCUCAGCUUUUGUAGCUGGAGUCAGUCCGGGUCCUGCCCUCCCAGACCAGUUGGAAAAAUGCCUGUAAGGCAAGGAGCAGGUCUUCCAGGACUUACAGCCAAGAUGGUCUCUCAAAAGGGCUUACUUCUAAGUAAGUGUGCAAAGGUUUUCAGGCUUGCUAUUUUUGUUUAAUUCUUCCCUCUCAAACAAGAACAGUAGGCAACAUGUAUUUCUAGCAAGAAUAAGCACCCUUAAACCAUUCUGUUAAGCCCACCUUUAGGAGUUGGGAUAGAGAAGGAGAGUUCAGCUCCUACUGUUAAUAAGACUUCUGCCUUGGAGCCAAAUGAAAUACCUUGCAUCUUUCCCACAAACCUUCCUCUUAAAGUUUGCUGUUUCUAAGUAUAGCCAAAUAACAAGUCACUCAGGGAAAAAUGUACUGUAUCCUGCUUUUAUAUAUUCACAUUUAUUUAUGUAGCAUUGAUCUUAAAUUUUAUCUUGGCCAGACUGUAAUUUUUAUUUCUUCUUGCAGGGUUAUGAAGGCUCUCUUAUUAAACUCACAUCUAAGCAGGUAAGCAGUGUGUGUAAGCACAUCUAAGCAGUGAAAUUGUUAACGUAAAUGUCAGCAGUGUAUGGUUAACGUGAGAAAUUCUAAACCAAGGAGAUGGUAUGAAAUUUUGGCACAAAGUUUCAAACACCAUAAAUCUCCUGAUUGUAUUCAGUCUAGAUUCACCUUGGCUGUCUUGUGGGCUAUUAAACAUUAUUUGGGUUUAUGUGGAGUUCAGCAAAGAUUUUCAAAAGCAUCAUACAGUAACGUUAUAGAACUGCCAACAGGUUGAAGAUAAUAAAGUGUCUGCCUUUUAACCGAAGGAAAACUAAACCUUUAAUGUGUUCAUUUCCUUUUAAUAGCUUUAAAUAGCUAUAAAAAACAGGCAAUUAUACCUUGUACUUCCAAGCUCACCACUUAAAACUGAUAAUCACCAAUGUUCUGUUUGAUUAAUCUUUUAAUUCAGUGGAUUACAGUAGCUGCAGCAGUAUGUAACUUUUUUAUCACUGAAGUGUGAAUAUUCCUAUCCCUGGGUUCUUUAUUCAUCCUUCAACAAUAAUUCCCCACCCCCAACCUUUGAUUUUCUCGUUUUCUUUCAGCCCGUGGGCUUCGUUAGUUUCGACAGUCGCUCAGAAGCAGAAGCUGCUAAGAAUGCUUUGAAUGUGAGUAUUGGUGCCAUAUGAAAAGCUUCUGGGUUGUCUUACAGCAGAGCUGCAGUAGCAGCAGAACAGUGUGGUGGAAGGUCUCCUGGCCGUGUAGCACUUGAGACUGCAGAUGUGGGGAUCCUUAAAUGCUCACUCAUGUGAAGAACAGAGCAUAGGAAUUUAAGAGACAGGGACGACAACGAACAAAACACGAGGCAAAGCUGUGCAGAGUAUUGUUACGAAGCAGUUCCCGACAUAAUAAAAUCGCACCACGUUUUAAAACUAGAAUCGUCCAAAAUUAACAGCAGCAGCAACUAUAGUGCAGGCAAUCCUUAAACCCAGAGCAAGCUUAACCCAAGACCUCCAGAUACUGAGAGGACAUGAUGUGUUUUAGUUAGGUGAUGGAAGCCCAUCAAGGAUGUGGACAUCUGUACCAUGGUUGUUAGAAUGAUUGGACUUAGCUGAGAUGGCAGAGUUGGCUGUAGCUGGCGAAUUGCCUGUAGCUGGAAAUAGACAAUCCUUGCCAUUGAUGCCACCUGGGUUUUCAGCGGCACCCCGGCUACAUAUCUGCUCUUCCAGGGAGAGUGCUGCUCCACCCAGGACAGGCUGAAUUCCUGGUUCCCAUAACUGAGAACCACCCACCAACAGGACCAAAUCUGUCUUAGUGCUGAAACCAGGCCUUAACCAGAAAGGGUCAUGAGAAUGAGGAAGUGCUGUACAUACAGGGGCCACCUCAGUUUUCAGAGGCCUCAUUGCGUUGUGUGGAAUGAAGCAAACAGGCUGCGAGUGUGAGCCACAGUUGAGAAGGGAUGAAACAUCACCUCAGACACUACGUUGCCCAAAACAGGAGGGAGCAGUGUCCCUGAGUGUUUGUGUUUUACUUUCACCUGUGUAGAUGGGGAGAAAUACUGUAUUUUUUGCUCUAUAAGACUCACUUUUUCCCUCCUAAAAAGUAAGGGGAAAUGUGUGUGCGUCGUAUGGAGUGAAUGCAGGCUGCACAGCUAUCCCAGAAGCCAGAACAGCAAGAGGGAUUGCUGCUUUCACUGCACAGUGAUCCCUCUUGCUGUUCUGGCUUCUGAGAUUCAGAAUAUUUUUUUUCUUGUUUUCCUCCUCCAAAAACUAGGUGCGUCUUGUGGUCUGGUGCGUCUUAUAGAGCGAAAAAUACGGUAGAAUAGUGCAUUAGUAUUUUCACUUAAUAGCUUAAUCCCCAGUGAGAGGGAUUUUGCAAGAAAGUAAAAACUUUCCUGCAUUUUCUGCUACCAUCCUCUAUCCAUCAUAGUAAAGGGGACUUUUCGUAUUAUUAGUCAUGGAUUAUACAGGGCAGAAAAUAGCCCUUCUAUGCUAGGGUUGAGGAGCAGGAAUAUUACGCUAUUGUGUGAUUUUUCUGAACGCCUUUGUCUUCCUUCAGGUAGCAUUAGGUGGAGCAGAUGUUCCCUUUUGUGUUCUGCCAGCGAGAUUGCUCAGAUAUUGUGGAGUGCAAACAAAGUUCAGCCAAGUUUAAUGUACCUUUAAAACGUGUCGGAAAGACACAGGGUUUUUUAAAGUUCUCAGUGCAGGAGGAUGGAAAUUAGUUCAGAAGAGGACUAACAUAGCUGAAGAACCCAAUUUGUUAUAUCUGUAGUGAGGAGUUAUCUCUCUCUAUAGGAGAUUUGACUGGAUAUUUUACGCUCACACCUUAAGUACAGCAUCCUAAAAAACAAUUUUGGGGUUCUGUUUGCCAGUCCAUAUGCAAAAUGCUAAAGCAUACCUCUAAUCCCUGCUGGCAGUGCUUUUCCCCCUAGAAAAAUAGGUGCCGGUAUUCACCAUGAAGUUAUCACAGUAAGUGUCACACCUUUUAACAACAACAACAACAGCAACAGCAACAACAACAACAACAACAAUAAGGUGUACCCUUGAGUACCCCCUGAAAAACACACACUGCCUGGAGGUAUUUUGCCUGAAAUUUACAGUCUUUUGACUGAACAUGCAGUCCUGUAGAGUGAAUUCUCCACCUGAGUAAGCAGGCAGGGAUAUGUCGAUCUUGAUUUCAGAUGGCUCUGAAUUAGUCUGUCUGCAGGUUUGCAUAACUAAAGGUACAUUGUACCUUUGUUUGUACAUUGUACAUUGAACAGAAACAAAUACAGUGGUACCUCGGGUUACAUACGCUUCGGGUUACAGACUCUGCUAACCCAGAAAUAGUGCUUCAGGUUAAGAACUUAGCUUCAGGAUGAGAACAGAAAUCGUGCUCUGGCAGCACGGCGGCAGCGGGAGGCCCCAUUAGCUAAAGUGGUGCUUCAGGUUAAGAACAGUUUCAGGUUAAGAACGGACCUCCAGAACGAAUUAAGUACUUAACCCAAGGUACCAGUGUAGCGUGCAAAAGUAACACGAACUUUUCAGUCUGCAUACGUCAUGCAAACUAAGUAAGCUUCCAUGCAUUUCCUUUUAUUUUAUGUAAUUCUACCUCUGCUACUCAUGGUUGCAAACCAUUCUGCAAGGCAGAAGAACCCCAAGCCCAUCUCCAUUGCAAGUCUGCUAUAGCGGUUAAGAGUGUUGGACUAGGACCUGGGUCCUAGACAUGGGUUCAGCUUCCUGCUCAGCCAUGAAGCUCACUGGGUGACCUUGAGCUGUCACCUUCUCUUAGCCUAACCUACCUCACAGGGUUUUGUGAGGAUAAAAUGUGACAGGAGAGAGCCUUGUUUUCUUGGUACAACCAACUCCCUCUGAUGCCGGCUCUCCAUGUCUGUCUCUCUGCAGCCUCUCUGGCCCUUCGUCCAAUGCACUCUUUCCUGUCUCUCUCUUUUCUACCUCACCUCCUCCCAGGCUGACACUCAGGCUAUUCAUGGUGACGACCAGGCCUUUUUUUCAGCUGCAACUCACAGGAACUCUGUUCCGGCGCCUCUCAGGUGACGCCAUUGCCAUUAUAAGAGAACAAGGGAGGCGUUCUGGCACCUCUUUUUCUGGAAAAAUAGCACCGGUGAGGACUCACCAACGCAAGUAUACUACUAGCUUGCCCAUGCUCUUGAGUUUGAUAGAGGAGCCCUUCUCGGCGUCCCAACUGUAGCGGAAGCUCAGUUGAUGGAGACUAGAGAAAGCUGUGCUUUUGUUCUAGAAAAGAAGGUGCUGGUACUGUGUAUCCUUGAGUACCCCCAGAAAAAAAGCACUGAGAGAAAGGAACUUGCUCUGUGUCCACACCUAAAUUGUGGAACUCCCUUGGUGAGGUUUGUCAGGCCCUCUGUUAUUUUUGUGCUUGUUUAGGCUAGCUUUUUUCUGAUGGGUCAGAUUUUUAUUUCUUGGUUUUGUUUAACUGAUGUGCCUGUCUCUGUCUUAAGCAUAUUAUAUUGUUUUAUAGCUGAAUUUAAUUGUUGUUAGUUGCCUUGAGUAGUGCUGUGAGCACUGAGAUUAUAAGGAAAGACUGCUGGAUCAGGCCAGUGGCCCCAUCUAGUCCAGCAACCAGUGGCCACUGGGCAGAUGCCCAUGGGGAACUGCAAGCAGGACCCAAACGCAGCAGCACUCUCCCCUCCUGUGGUCUUUUGCAACUGGUGGACUAGAUCUAUAUAGCCAUUGGAGUUUGUAGCCAUUGUUGACCCUAUCCUUCAUGAACUUGUAUAAUCCUCCUUUGGGCUGGAUCUAGUCUGCCUACCCAUGGACUAGGAGGAUGGGAUGCCAAUGCUAGUAUAAAUAAAUACAUUCAGAAGAAGAUGGGGGAUGUCUUUGCUACGUGACUGACUUCAGACCCAUUGAUUUUAGUAAAUCUUAUACAUGACUAAGCUUUCUGCAGCUCAGGGUCACCGAGUGAGAAGCGCAAAUGGCUUUAGGUUUGUGAAACUGCUCCAAGUUAUUCUUUUAAAUGUUCCUGCGUAGGCUAGCUUGUAGGAAUUUUGCCUGAUAAUGGAGUUGAAACAAUGCACCUCAUUGAUCUUGUCAACAUCAGGUUAUGGAAGAACGCAGACAGAUGUCUAAAAUGUAGCUGCCCUGUGCUGGGGGGGGAAACCCAUCCAUGCCGGAUGUGUCAGAUGUGAAGAUAAUCUCUUGGUGUCGUUGCUGUCAAGUGAUGACAACUCAUAUGUGAGUUUUCUCUACACAUUGGAAAUCCUUUAAGUUGUACCCAGUACUCAGGAAAGCAGUAUUAUAAAGAAGUGUGUCUCCAAGCAUAUGAGGAAUGAGUUUCCCUCAAAACUGAUCACCCCCAGCAACACCUUGUUACUGGGGAGAAGCAUUCCUGAAGAGUAGAAUGCCUUUGCUCCGACACUGAUUUUUGUUCGUUUUAAAGUACAGUGGUACCUCGGGUUACAUAUGCUUCAGGUUACAUACGCUUCAGGUUACAGACUCCGCUAACCCAGAAAUAGUGCUUCAGGUUAAGAACUUUGCUUCAGGAUGAGAACAGAAAUUGUGCUCCGGUGGCGCGGCGGCAGCAGGAGGCCCCAUUAGCUAAAGUGGUGCUUGAGGUUAAGAACAGUUUCAGGUUAAGAAUGGACCUCCGGAACGAAUUAAGUACUUAACCUGAGGUACCACUGUACUGUUUCUUUGUCUUGUGUGGGGUGGGAGGGGAGUUAGCUGCCGGGAAAUAUAGUUAUGUUCUGUGUGUAUAGAGUUAACCUCAUUAUUGAUGACCCUCAAGAGCAAAAAUAUCUUGAGUGCAGGGAACAAUUUUUCAGACUAGGAUAAAAAGCAUGCAGCAAGUACUCUGGUUCCCUAGUCUGUUUUCCUGUCUUCAUUUUUUAUGUACAAUGUCUUCUUGGCUCUGCUAAUCUCCGGGGAUAAGAGUGAAGCAGAGCAGGAUACAGACUGCCUUAUAUGGUGCUGAUACUAAAGAUGUUUUAGGAAUGUGACUUGCUCUAAAGCCUAUGGCCCCAGUUUUUGCUGCCAAACAAAUUAGGUCAUUUAAACUUCUGAGGUUUUAAAAGGACGUUGGAACUUUAAUUUGGAACAAGAAACUGAUGUUUUUUUGUUGAAUGGCUCAGACUCCCAGGGAGUCUAGGUUUGUAAUUUUUUGUCAGGCUUCUUGACUCUUACUUGCUGGUUUCUGGGUGCAAUCUUUUUCCCCCUGGUUUAAAGUGAACAGGGAAACUUUUAAGGCAGGGGUCAGCAAACUUUUGCAGCCGGGGGCGGGUCCACUGUCCCUCAGACCUUGUGGGGGGCUGGACUGUAUUUUUUUGGGGGGGGAAUGAACGAAUUCCUAUGCCCCACAAAUAACCCAGAGAUGCAUUUUAAAUAAAAGGACACAUUCUACACAUGUAAAAACACACUGAUUCCCAGACUGUCUGCGGGCCGGAUUUAGAAGGCGAUUGGGCAGGAUCCAGCCCCCGGGCCUUAGUUUGCCCACCCAUGUUUUAAGGCCUGCUAAAAAACAUAUACUGUAUUUUUCGCUCUAUAAGACGCACCAGACCACAAGACGCACCUAGUUUUUGGAGAAGGAAAACAAGAAAAAAAAUAUUCUGCAUCUCAGAAGCCAGAACAGCAAGAGGGAUCGCUGUGCAGUGAAAGCAGUAAUCCCUCUUGCUGUUCUGGCUUCUGGGAUAGCUACGCAGCCUGCAUUCACUCCAUAAGACGCACACACAUUUCCCCUUACUUUUUAGGAGGGAAAAAGUGAGUCUUAUAGAGCAAAAAAUACGGUACGUACUUCAGUUUGCAUUAAAAUAAUACUGGUCCUAGAAUACAACACAUGUGAGCCUCACAGCUUCACUGGGCAUGAACAAUGCAUCUUGAGGUAAGGUGAAGUUGUACUGUGAAAAGUUAAUGUUCCAUCACAGUUGGCUCAGGCAUCUUUGUCCAUGACGGAAGGCUUGCCACAUUCAGCCAAAUCAAGAAGCAACCACGCUUUCCCUUGGACUGUACCAUUUCACGCUGUUACGUAUGAAUACUUCCUGGUGGUGGUGGUGAGGUCUCUAGAAAAUCAGCACAUCUCUCUGGGCUGAUAGCCACUGGAUUGAGAGGUGAGGCAGUGAUGCCCACUUUACCAGCCUGAUUUGGGAUCUAUUGCCCCUGGACUCCUCCCUCCCAGAUCUCCAUUGGUGACCAUUCCAUGUGUUAAUGUAUGUAAUUUGAUUGUACUUGUUGCCAUCUUCUUUCUGUGGCAUCUGCCACCUUGAACCUUUUCAGAAGCAGGACCCAGGGUCCUCCUUAAAGAGCGCACAGUAGGACCACCUUUUAAUCCCAAACUGCCACAUGGGACACAUUUCAAGCCCACGUUUCUGUUGUAAACGUCUGGAACUCUGUCUGUAAGACAGAAAUUCUAUCUGUGGGGAGGCAGUUCCAGGUGGAAAGUGGUGUUGCCUUCUCUCAUUCGCAAUUUCUGCCCUCCUGAUGUUGCUUUUCAGUACUUUUAAAGGCUGAAGCUGAUGUUAAUCUGUAUUGUAGAAUUAAUUAGCUAGUGCCCCGGGUGAAGUCUCCAGAGGGGCGCCAUUGAGGCUCCCGGCAUAUGUGUGUUUGCAUUCAAAUGCACAUGGGUGUUUGUGCGUCAAACUGGGUCUUUGACCCAGGUGAAAUAAAGCCUAGUUUUGCCCCUUGCUGAAUGCCAAGAGAGAGUUGAGCAAUAUGUUGCCAGAUGUUGCCUCAUUAUAUCUAAUUAAAGGGUACCAACAGGGUAGUCUUUUUAAUGGGUGGUGGGUUAUUGGGUUUUAGACCUAACAUGAAAUCUCAUUUAGCAGUACACAUGCAAGGAGGAGCGCUGUCCUUGGAUUUACAUCCCAUGGUCCUCACGCAUUGUCUGCUAGUAGGCAGCCAUAAUCUCAGAAAUGAGUCACUGUCCAUACAGCCCCAGCAUUGCUUACUCCUGACUGGGAGCAUCUAUCUGUGGUAGAGGUCUUGGAGAUGCCCGGGAAUAGACCUUUCAAACUUGGCAUGCAAAGCAUUGUUUUACCAUGGAGAUAUGGCCCCUCCCUAUGUUGCCCUCUUUGGGGCAAUACUUUGGAAGCAUCUCUUGCUGGGGCAGUCAGCUCUGCAAAUCUAUUAUUGUAGGGCUAGUUCUCUUUCAGGCGGGUAAACCUGUAUCUGACCUGUAUGCCUGCAAGUGGGGAAAUCACAUGAUUGAAUUCUUUACGCUAUAAAAAAAAUGCCUUUGGUGGGAGUUGGGUUUGGGGGUUGUAUUUUAAAUUACACUAAGCGUCUGCCUCACUGUUGUAGUUAUGAUUUAUUCAUCAGGGACCCUUCACUAUCUAUUACUACAAUGGGCAGAUUGGGUUCAGAGGUUUCCAGAAUCUAGGGUACAGAUACAUUGGAUUUCCAUACUGAGCUUUGGUGGCUGAACUGUUCCUGCCUUUUUUCCUCCGUUCAGCAUAAUGGAACACCAAAGCUUACAGCUGCUUGUUUUUCCCCACAACCUUUAUGGACUCUUUAUUUUUGUCUGUAGCUUAUUUCAAGAAUUUGCAAGCCCAGCUAACAUAAUUGUGCGUGCUUUUAAUUAAAAAUGAGAGUGAAGAUGUUAAGCUUUAUUUAUUGCCUCAUCCCACAAGUUUUCUCUCAAUAUUUAAUUUCCCAGAGUCCGUCUCCCUAAAGAUUCACAUUUUCAUAGGCCUUGUUUAUCUUCUCCCACUUCUCUUGUUGUUAAUUGAAUUCAUGACAUCAGUCUUAUCCACCCACAUCAAGUUGCAGCGUUCUGUUGGCAAUGUUGUAGUGAUGCAUAGAAAAAUUAGGUCCAAACAGUAGUGUCCUGUUUCUAGGACCAACAAAAAUAAAAUUCGGAAAGCAUAGGGUGUAUCAUUUCCUACUGAGUCUUAUGUUUGGGGCAGCCAUACAGAGAACAGCUUGCAGCUCUUGAUUCCAUCCGGACAGCACAACAUAUGGAGGUAUACUUAUUAUUUUUUUUGUCAACGCACUAAACAAGCUAUUAGUUCAUCUCCAGCUUUAAUAAACAUUCAGAGCUUAAGAGUUUAAUUGGACUUGCCAUGGAAUGUUCACAUGAGUCUCCAUGCAUGUGUGCAUAUGCAGAUGUGUUUUCCAUAUGGGAAAUUUAAGAAGUGGCAUCUUAGAACUCAAAAGUGCAUUGCUGAAAGAGGUUUAACACUUAUGUAAAUUUCCUAGAACCUAGUUUUGUGAGGUGGACUGCAAAUUCCAGGUUACUUAAUGGGAGGAAGCCUUAACACAGUUAAAGCCAUGAUUGAGGUUUGGCUAGGAUUAUAGGCAUCUGAGCUGUGAGCAAAGAACUCCCUAGUUCAAAUCAUACUGAUCACGAACGCUUGUUUUUGACACCUGCAGUGCAGGCAACUCCCCGUUUACACAGGGGUUGCGUUCUGAGGCACUGUGCAUGUUGGUGGGACAUGCAUAAGCAUGCCCUGUUCUGCCCUGCACCCUUCCAGAGCAAAAAAUGGUGCAUGCAUCAAUGGACAUGAGUGCCAUUGGGGAGUUGCCUGUAUAGGAUAGCAAUGCUUAUAGGAUAUUGGACAGACUUAUGAAAUUAUUAUUGAAUUAUUGUUGUCAUCCCCCGCUCAGAGUGGCUGAGGAAACUCAGCCAGAUGAAUGGGGUAUAAAUAUUAUCCUGUUGAAACCUAGUUCCUCAAAAGACUAGAAGUGUCUUUCCCCAAUAUUUUAUUGAAAGCCUCCAAAGGAAAAUAUUGUAUACCUUCAUUAUGGAUCUUUAUAUGUUUUCCUGAUGGGUAGUGUCAGGGGUUCAGGGAGAGAGGCACAGGGUAGGCAGGAGAUGGAGAGCGAUGGGGAGGAAUUCCAAGCCAGCGAGGAAGAGGAUGACAAUGACUCAAGAGAUUCCAUGAAUCUUUCCAGCGAAUCAGAGGAUUCCCAGAAGGGGGGCGCCGGUGGUCAAGGCCAGGGAGCCCCAGGGGGAAGUGUCAGGAGCAGGGUGCCAGCGGAGGAUCCCAAAGUGGCAGCUGGGCGUCAGGACCAGCCUCCCCACCAGAGUGCAGCGAAGGGGUGGAGUUUCCAGUGUGUCAGAGGAAGCAGCUCCAGCAGCAGAGAAAGGAGGGGGUCAGAGCAAGCCACCCUCCCGGAAGGGGAGGGAGCAGUGAAGGGAGUAGUGUAACUGUCAAAAGGAAAGUUAGAGGUUUGGCGCGCGCGCCUAGUUCAAAUGUAGAGGCGCGCGGAAGUGCAGGGAGCCCGGAGGAGGGGCCAGGUCCCAAAGCCCGCAGGAGGGGGAAGAGCAGUCUGAUUCCGCGUCAGAGGAAUCCAGGAGGGGCGAAACCCCAGUGGGCAGAAGGACCCUGCGGAAAAGGAAGGAGAGAAAGAGGUGGAGCAGCGCAAGUCUCUUAAAUUGGUGCAGGGGGGGACUGACUCAGAGGGGACUUCAGCGGUCUAGCGUAAGAGACGUAAGGCUGCGCGCCUAGGAUGUCAAGCAAACCAUGAACUGCAAUAAACACCUUUGUAUAUAAGAAGACAUAGGCGUUGGUCUUUUGUGAGCUAAGACUUGAGGCAGCCUUGACAGGUAGCAUAAAUGAUUAUCUCUCUGCAUUUGUAUACCCUUUUAGACAGGGAGAAAAGUUGGUCUUGAUCUCUGAUAGGCUAACACGUCUUGAUUUUUUCAGCCUUUUUGUAAUGGAUUUGUUUCCUAGGCCAUCUACGCCCGUAAAUUUCUCGUGAAUCAGUUCAUCACAAUCCUCCUUGGAAUUGUGGCGGUUAAACUGAAGAAAUGCUGAUUCUUAACCGACUCAUUUUCGCUGGUGAAGUUUCUCUUACGGAGCCUUUUGAAUGCAUCCUCCCACCCUAUUCUGUCGUAUGCCUAUUUAAGGCAGUGGCUUUGGGUUUGCAUUUCUCAGGAGGAUGUUAUGCAGACUUGGCACCAUGUUUGAGGGUGCCCUGGGCAAAGUGCCCUGGUACACACACACCCCAGUAAAACUUAUCAGGUGUUGGGCCAGGAACAUUUUGUUCUUUUUUUAUAUAAAAAGCUUCUUUUACUAGGGCAGACUGUGAAGUGACGUGCUGGCUGAAGCUGCCCACCGUUUCCACUUUCCCGGAAUACUUCUGGGUCCUGCUAUGUCAUGCCUGGUGCUGAUCUCAGACCUGAUGCCACGCUCCUCUUUCUGGAUUUAUUUGCUUUGUAUGAUGCUGCUUCUAUUGUAUUCUCAUGCCGUAUGCAGUCUUGUCUGUUACUUUUCAAAAAAUUUUGCCUAUAAUAUUUUAUUCAAACAUUUUCACAAUAAGCUUCAAAUCAAAUACCGUAUUUUUCCGUGUAUAAGACUAGGUUUUCCCCCUAAAAAAUAAUGUCCAAAAUUUGGGGGCGUCUUAUACAUGGGGGCCAUCUCUCCCUAUUUUCUUAAAUCUGAGUCCCCCAAAAUAGGGGGCGUAUUAUACAUGGGGGCGUCUUAUAGAUCGAAAAAUACGGCAAUUACAUUGUUUCAUAAGCUGACUUUCUUCCCUCCACUGUACAUUGUUUUUACUCACACCUUUUCCACCGCAUUAUGCCUUUUAUCUAUUACAAAAGGUUUCUCUAUUACAGUUAAGUCUUGUCGGUUACUUUCAGUGCAACCGUGAUAUCGCUGCAGGAAGAACUAACUCUCGUUCUUUCUCUUUCCGCAAAAAGGGAAUCCGCUUUGACCCAGAAAUUCCCCAGACGCUCCGGCUAGAGUUCGCCAAGGCCAACACGAAGAUGGCCAAGAGCAAAUUAGUGGGGACGCCAAAUCCAAGCACUCCUGCCACCCCCAACACUUUACCUCAGUUCAUUACCAGGGAGCCGUGUAAGUAUGUGAGUGUGUGUGUCUGUGCUUCGUCAUAAAAGAGCAAGCAGUGGUAUGUGCCUUAGAUAGGAAUGCUCGACUUGUUUGCAAAUUCCUAUAUGACCUGUCCUGAUCUCCACCUCCUGGACUAAUGUGUGGAUUGGAGCGUAGUAGUUCUUUGGAUUUUGCAGUUUUCACCUGUGGCGAAACAGGAAGUGCCUGUGCUGCCUGCCUCUGGUAUUGGAAUCAACUUUGAGUGAGAUCUUGCCCAAAAUUGGUGCCAGUGCCAGCAGCAGGGCAGGCGGGGUACUCUGCCACCCGAGUCAGCGGCCUCACUCUGCCUAAUGGCUAUGCUGGCCCUGCACUUCUCUGAAUUUUCAGCAUGUUUAUCUACAAUAUUUAGGGAGCAUUUUUAAGGGUGCUGUGGCAACAGUCUCUGUCUUAGAAUGUUGGUUGCACCAAGCAGCUAUAAAGUGGAGACAGGGGAAAAUUCAAGCAAAGCAAAAGGAGUGUGCAGGUGUGAGAGUUUUGAGCCCCUUCUCCCCAAAGAAUGCUCCCCCUCCCCUUCUCCCAAGUUGCUUUCCCCAUAGCCAGACCCGAAGGCAGUAAAUCAGGACUCCAUAGGGAUGAUCUGGAAGGUGGAACAUAUUUGAACUUCCAAAACGCUUUUGAUAAAAGUGCCUUACCAUGGACUCCUGAAGACAUCUGGCAGUCAUGGAAUAAGAGAGCAGGUCCACAUAAGGCAAAGUCACUGAUAAUAGGAAGCAGAGGGCAGAAUUUUAUGUACAGUUGUCUUAGUGGGGGGGGGGGAUAAGCAGUGAGACCCCCCCCCAAGCAUGUGAACUGGCACUAUUUAACUUGUUCAUGAACGAUCUGGAGUUGGGGCAGCAGUGAAGUUGGCCGAUGGACACCAAAUUAUUGGACAUCUGGCAAAGCCUGACUGUGGCUUAAAAUUAGGCGAAUGAGUAACCAAAUGUCAAAUGAGAAUUUAGUGAAAGUAAUAAGUGGUGCAUAUUGCAGAAAACAAAACAAAAUACAAAGCAACUUUUCUGUCUGAAACCUAUUAUUUCUACUUUUCCACUUCAACCGGCAGCAGAGUUGCACUCAGUGCAGGCCAGUGUCAUUCCCGUUUUCCACAAAAUGGCCCCAGGAGAAUGGAAUACUGUUGUUCCCAUUGAGCCAUGUUGCGUCAAAAGGUUUGGGCUAUUCUGCUGUUUCCCCUUAUUUACACAUGAGUCAUUUCCUGAAUAUCUUGGGAGCACUCCAUCUAUUCAGAAACAUCUGAGGUGGCCCUGAUUUGCUGCUGCUCUGAUAGGUAGGGGUUGCCAAAUUUGCUAUUAGAUAAACUCACGGUGCGUAUCACGUGUGUCAUCACAUUUGUCCCUUGGCUUGCUCUUUGCUGGAAUACGACUGUCAUGGCUACGUGACAGACCUGAUGUCUUCCUUUCCGAGAGCGCAAGGUAAAACUGCCUGAGAGAGAAAAGCAACAUAAAUGUGUAACAUAAUUUUGUAUUUUAUUUUCUCUGUAUGUUUGCUAGAAUCAUGAAAAAGUAGCUUGAAUAAGCAUAGGAAAUGGAACACAUUUGGGAUUCCCAAUUUUGGAAAAGACUGGUGCAGUUCAUAUGUCACAUUAAACUGUAGUUUACAGCAAACCAUGGUUUAAUGUGAACGAGCAUUAUGUGAACGACCCAAAGCAAACUGGUUACUGCUUGUGGUAUGUUUCAAGGAAGUAAACUAUGAGCCCAGGCUUGGACAACAUGUCUUCCAGACAGGCUUGUUUCGUGCGCUGUGUGGAGCAUGCACCGGGAAGCUGCUUGGUUACAGGGGUCAGCAGACUUUUUCAGCAGGGGGCCGGUCCACUGUCCCUCAGACCUUGUGGGGGGCCGGACUAUAUUUUGAAAAAAUAAUAAUGAACGAAUUCCUAUGCCCCACAAAUAAUCCAGAAGUGCAUUUUAAAUAAAAGGACACAUUCUACUCACAUAAAAACACACUGAUUCCCGAACUGUCUGCGGGCUGGAUUUAGAAGGCAGUUGGGCCGGAUCCGGCCCCUGGGCCUUAGUUUGCCUACCCGUGCGUUAAACCUUGGUUUGUUUUAGGCUAUGGUUUGAUGUGAUAUGCAGUUCACCCCUGUAUAUCUCAAAGAUUGAGCAAAUGGUCAUCACUGUAACACUUUGGCUCAUGUUGUGUAUGCUUGGAGGCUUGUUCAUUUUUGGCCCCAGUAUUGUUCCUGGUUCAACAGAGGUUUGCAGUACAUUUUAAUACUUGAAGAACCUGCAAAAUCAGUUUUACUGGAGACAAUGGUAGGAUGAAGAAAAACAACAACAGCAGCACACACAUGUAGACACCACUACCAAUAAUGAUUGUCUUCAACUCUCUUUAGAAUAGUUGUCAGUCUCCCAGAGUAUUACACCGGAUAGGUCAUAUUUCUCAUAAAGGGGUGAUUUUGUAGCUGAGCCAAUGCGACUUUUUGUUGUUUUGCCUGGCUCAACCCUUUGUUUCCCAUUAUACAUUUCACAUGUUGGGAAAUGGCCCCUGGGACGCCCAACGAUGAUAGCAUUCCAUCUGAACACGUGACACGUCAUAGUCCCUGAUCCCAAGGAGCUUGCAGCCGAAAUGUCAACAGAGAGAAGAGAACAGGGAGAGGACGAAAUGCCAGAGGCGCAAAGGGAGCUGAAGGGUAUGUGUGGCUGCAAGUGCCCUUUCUGCAAGUUCCAGCAGAGCAGCUUCCGAAAAGAGGGGCCCAGGUUACAUGGCAGCGUCCCUUAGUGUUGCAUUCUUGCUAAACUCCUCCUGGCUCACAUAUUUCGGGGAAGGUUCUGGAGCUCUUGCGUGUAUUUAUAGGCUUGUUGCUCUCUGCUUGAGAAUGACCACAAAGCUUAGGAAUGAAUGGCGGAAGGGAACGUUGUUAGCAUUAGCCCUUGCCAACUUUUACUGUUUAUCUUGCUUUUAAAACCAACAGGACAAACACUUAAUCUCUGCUGUAAUUAAAGUGCAUCCCUGUCAGCUCCCACUGGGGCUUUGCUUGGAUGUUCUCUGCCAUCGUGUCUUGUGGGUGGAAGAAGAGGAUUUCUUUAAAUCUGAGGGUAGUGCGGAUGGCUCAAGACUCCUUCAGUGUGAUUCCAACCUUCCCUGAUGCAUUGCCCACCUCCUCUCAUACCUGGAAAGAAGCUCAGGGGCACUUGGGCAAAGCAAAUCGUGAUAGGAGGAGAAGUAACAGGUUGAUAGUUGCCAACUCUACCCUUGGGUAGUCAAAACAGCUGGGGAGGGGAGCAGUCCUAGCAGAGGAUCACAUCCUCUUCUUCUGUCCCUGAGUGGGAGUGAGGGGACAAUAAGCCACCCACUUCUCCCUGACUGUUGUGGCACCAGCAGUUGAUGCUGGGCUUGUAACAAAGACCAGUUCCACUAUAUUGGAAGAAAUGGAUCAAGCCUCUUCUAACCUCAGAAAUAAUUAUUAUUAUUUAUUAAAUUUCCAUGCCACCCAUAAUAACAUGCACAUACCCCAGGCCAUGGGGGACGUGGGUGGCGCUGUGGGUUAAACCACAGAGCCUAGGACUUGCUGAUCAGAACGUUGGCGGUUCGAAUCCCGCGACGGGGUGAGCUCCCGUUGCUCCUGCCAACCUAGCAGUUUGAAAGCACGCCAAAGUGCAAGUAGAUAAAUAGGUACCGCUCUGGUGGGAAGGUAAACGGCGUUUCCAUGCGCUGCUCUGGUUCGCCAGAAGCGGCUUAGUCAUGCUGGUCACAUGACCUGGAAGCUGUACGCCGGCUCCUUCGGCUAAUCAAGCGAGAUGAGCGCUGCAACCCCAGAGUCGGUCAUGACUGGACCUAAUGGUCAGAGGUCCCUUUACCUUUUUACCCCAGGCCAUAGAUUGUUUAAUUAGACAAAGGCCCGGGAGAAGAGAAAUGUAUUUGCCUGGUGCCUAAAGGUGUAUAAUGAAGGCACCGCAUUCCACAAACGGGGAGCCACUGCAGAAAAGGCCCUACCUCGUGUUGCCGCCCUCCAAACCUCUCAUGGAGGAGGCACACAUAAAUCAUUCUGAAAUGAAGCCGAUUAAGGUUGAGACGCAUCUUUCCUCACUACCCACUAGAUUAAGUAAAGUGGUAGCUUGUUCACAAGCUCUCAGAGAAGACAGGGAGCUGCACUCCUGCAGCCCAGCAUGGCAUGUGGAUUCUGCUGUUAUGGAAAUGUUUGGUUCUUGGAUGUUUCAUAUACAGAAUGGUGAAGUCUAAGCUGGCAACCGGGAAAGAGGUAUUUGGCGCCCGGUGAUUGGCUCAGUGUAUAUUUCAGCUCUGGCAUGGUGGUGCUUAUGAAAAAUUCAAGUUCGGUGCAAGGCAUUGUUAGGGAAAAGACUGAAAAUAAAAAGCUGCCUGUAUGAUAAUUGCUAUUUUAGUAGGAUUGCAUUUGAAGUGUGUGCUUUUCAGGUGACCUAUCCCAAAAGGUGAUCUGGAAAAGGCACAGGAAACUGCAACCCAAACAGUCAAUGGAUAAUUGCACCUUUCUUUUUGCAAAGCAAGGAUGGAGCUGAAAUUAUGAGUGGUUAUCCUGGCUGCCCUAGAUUCGUCUAAACUCUUCAGGGAUGGGUGACUAGUGGAGGUAGGGAGAAGCACUGGGUAGGAGGCCUUCAUGAAUGGUGGCAAAGGAAAGAGGAGGAAUAUGCUGGUAUUGUAACUUAAAUAAGGUACCUGAACCACUGAUAUGUUGUUGUACUGCUGUGAAAGGGUAGAAGAUAACCUUCAUUAUCAUAUAGACUCUUGAUUUUGUUCUGUGCAGAAUGGCAUUCUGUGUGCCCCCUCUCCCUCCCAUUCUUAAGAUGACUGGAUUGUUCUUCAUUGGGGAGACAAAUGUAGUGGGGUAGCUGAGACUAACCUCUGAGUUAGGAAGUCCUGAGUUCAAAUCUUGACUAUGAUUGGCAGGCCAAGAACAACCUUGGCUUCACAUUGUGGUUUGAAGCAAGCUAUGGUCCCUGGUUUAGAUGUAACAGGGUACUGUGGUUUGUUGCCUAGGCUCACACCAGGGGAAGAGCGAAGCGGGAGCCACCAAGGCAACCAUGGUAAACAGUUAACUAUGGCUUACUAUGAUGUGUAUCUAGCUCAGGAUGCAAAGUGCCACAGCCAUAAGAGUUCAUUCGCCCAGAGUCUGUAUUCUUUCAUCAGAAUACUUUUGAGUGGCUCACUUUCCGCCUCUUAACAACAGCUGUAGACUGCCUUGCAUUUCUUUCUCCAGCCGACAAAACGCCCAGUUUCCUUUCGGACAAUAACCCUUUUCCUUAACGUAAGUUGCAGACUUUGGCGCCCUAACUCACAGCAGAAUUUUUGUACCUGCUCUUCGGAUUCCGUUUCCUAAGGAGAAGGCAGAGGGAGUCGGAGGGACCUCCUUGAGCUCUGCUUGUGUUUGCCGUUUUGUUUCCUGCAUUUGCUGUUUUUAUAACCAUGAACUCUCCUUAUUCUUCUCUUGCAGAUGAGCUCACAGUGCCUGCACUUUACCCCAGUAGCCCUGAAGUGUGGGCGCCGUACCCUCUCUACCCAGCGGAGUUAGCACCUGCUCUACCCCCGCCUGCUUUCACCUACCCUGCUUCACUGCAUGCCCAGGUAAUUUAUACCAAUCAGUCACACCUUCACCCACGUUAUACCACCUGAUCCUCUCCAGUGCACCCCAAACGACUAACACCUGUCUGGCUAACAGGCACCCCAGAGAGAUAUUAAUGACCACAUCUCGAUCAAGCUGACGCAUUCUCCUUGGGACUACUGGGGAACGGACUUAGGAAAAAUUGACAGCACCCCACUGCCUGAUAGAACCGUGAACACCUUUCUCCUCUCGAGUAAUUUCACUUCCGUUCACACGAGGCAGCGAGAAAUAUCUGCCGGGUCUUUGCACACAUAUAUACCCCCUUGUAUAUAUGGACUCUGCUUCCCAGGCUUGCCUUUGCCACAGUUUUGCUUCAAAGUUCCAAGGCUAAAUUGUCUUUACAACGGAUAAGGGGAAGGUGUGCAAGAGCGUGUUUAUGUACACGUGUGUUUCUAAAGCCAGAGAGAAGGGAGGUAGACGGAGCAAAAGUCUGGCCUCUUAAGUCACAUGGGGGAAUUUGCAUUGUGAGCAGUUACCAUAUUUUUUGCUCUAUAAGACGCACCAGACCACAAGACGCACCUAGUUUUUGGAGGAGGAAAACAAGAAAAAUAUUCUGAAUCUCAGAAGCCAGAACAGCAAGAGGGAUCGCUGCGCAGUGAAAGCAGCAAUCCCUCUUGCUGUUCUGGCUUCUGGGAUAGCUGUGCAGCCUGCAUUCGCUCCAUAAGACGCACACACACAUUUCCCCUUACUUUUUAGGAGGGAAAAAGUGAGUCUUAUAGAGCAAAAAAUACGGUACUUCAUACACGUUCUGAACUGUAGCAAAACGAAGUUACCGAGCAAAAACUUAACUGCGAUGUGCAUAUGACCACUUGUAAUCCAGUUGCCUGAAUUGUUCUCCGUUCCCAGCGAGUCAGAGAAAAUCCUGAAUUGUUGCUUGGACAUGAUGUUGGGCUACAGAAGAGCUAAUGAAGCAGCGCUUAACCCAGAUAAUAUGAGAUGCUGACAAUAGGCCUGCUGAGCUGGGAAGGAGCGUUCAGGCUGUUUUUCGAUGCGGGUCACACUCCGUCAGGAAAAGCAGGUUUACAGCUUAUUCCCUUUGAUCCUGCUUUUGUUACUUGAUACUCAGAGGUCAUUGGCAGCAAGGAGUGCCUUUUUUCCAGCUCCAUGUUGGCUAGCUGUUCUCUUUUCUAGUGGCUAAAGAAAUAAGUCAUGGGGCGUUCUUGCAGGCUUGGAUAUUGCAGUGUGCUCUAUGGGGGCAACCUUUUGAUAAAUGUCUGAAAGUUACAGCUGCAGAAAAUAGGCUCUUGUCCAGGAGUGGAGAUUAUUACACCCAUUAAAGAGCUGCAUUGGUUCUCGGUAUCUGGCCCAUUUCAGAGUGCCGGUACUGACCUUCUAAAGCCUUAAAGAGCCUGGAUAUUCAGAGGUUUGCCUAUCUUAAGACAUGAUGGGGAAACAUACAGAUGUGCAACUGAGAUACUGCUUUGUGAACCUAGUUAGUGGAGGCGUGGGCGAUGGCAGUGAGAUUUAGAGUCUGCCUUGAGAGGCCUGCGUGGCUGACACUGCCCUUUCCCAGCUUUUAGGAAACAUGUUAAGGUCUUCCUGCUUGAGUGGCCCUUUUUGGUUCUCUGGAGUUGGAGGAAGAAGUUGCUUUUGUUUCUCUGCAGUUCUGCUUGGUUGGUUUCAGGCUCUGUUGUUGCUAUGGGGUGUUCUGUGUUCACUGAAGUGAUGAUUUCAUUGCCACUUCAAGAGGCCGACAGGGCUGAUUAAGCAGAGUAUACAUUUUUAAAUAUAUCUCUGUGCCAAGAGCUUUGAAUUUUAUUGCAUGGUUUCACCCAGUCAGAAAUCUAGGAAGGAAAACCCCCUUGCCUCUUGGCAAGCUAGUCUUUGUAACAUUCUUUUGAGGGAUCUUAUGUACACUUUGUUAAAUUCCCACCUGGUGAAUGGCUUUCCAGCUAUUGUGGGGCAGCUCACAACCCCCCUCCCCCCUUUUUGGCAAGUGCUGAAACAAACAUGUCAAUAAGUAAACUGAAAAUUCUGAAGAAGUGUGCAUGCACAUGAAAGCUUAUACCCAGAACAAACUUAGUUGGUCUCUAAGGUGCUACUGGACAAUUUUUUAAUUUUUUAAUUUAUUUUGACUGCGUCAGACCAGCACGGCUACCUACCUGACUGUGGGAUAAUGUAACACAUGAUGCAUUAACACAAGGAUCAGACAUAUUUUAGAGUCGGUAUAUGGGUCAAUUGAACAUUUCUCGGUAAGGAGAUCCAUUUUCCUGCCUGUAACUCAGUACCACCUUGGUUCUUGUUCCGGAAGUCCAUUCAAGUUCUGUAAACGUUCGCAAACCAAGGCUUCCUGCACUCAAUCAGAAGCUGCAGAAGCAACGUCCAACGUUUGGGUUCCAAAGAACGUUCGCAAACCAAAACACUCACUUCCGGGUUUGCGGCAUUUGGGAGCCAAAACGUUCGAGUCGCAAGGCGGUUGACAACCAAGGUACGACUGUAGUUUUAAAUUCUAGUAGGAGGAUGUUAGGACACUUUCGUGAGGACUGAACACAACAUAACCACUAGGUUAGGUUGGGGGGGGGGCAUGGAGCAGGUUUUCACAUAGAGAUCAAAUACGGUUCUAAAACAGAGAACUUUAGGAAACCUCAAGUAAAUAUCUCAUCCCCUAAAUCCCGACUAGGUGUUGUGUUUAUUCCAGCCUCAGGAAUUAUGAUCAAGUCCUAGUGUUUACAACUUGAUGAGAGCUCUUAAUCUUCUUUAGUGCCUGGAUUCAUGGACCUUGGUAAAUUCUGUGGCUACAUGGACCAUAGUUAAGAUAGCCUGACCUCAUUCUGUAUGGUGAAGCAUGAUAAUAUCAUCUGAUGCUUCUUUAAUCCAGGCCAUAUCUCUUCUUAAAGUCCAUCACUGGUAAUCGGCCUGAAUGUACCCAGUGCUGUAUAGCAUUGUUGAAACUUAAGUGACCUGACUUGGGAGGCCAGCGCAAGUUGCUCAGUGCUCUUGGAAAAGAAGUAUGCAGUGUGCAUUAUUAAAAGACAGGAAUAAAGGUUUGGCCAGGCUAGCUGAUGCCAAGGAACCACAUGAUUGAUUGACUGAUGUUGCAAUGUGCAUAAUUUCUGGCCAUACCUGUAAAGAUUACAAGGAGAUAAUACAACUUUAAAUCUUUCGAAUGGAAUGCCUUCUGGCAGUUUUUUUGUCUCCCAUGAAUAUUGUCUGUGGCUAAACCAGUUCAUCCUACAUGAGUGCAAAAGGGCAGGUCCCUACCCAGAUAGUUUACAAUCUGUAAUUUGUCAUGAGGAAACCACAGAGGAAGGGGAGGAAAGUGGAGGCAGGACUUAACAAGGGGAAGAAUGUGUCUUAUUUCAAUGGCGAAGCCUUGGGCUUAGUUACAGUGGCAUGUGAGGACCAGGGGUUUUCUGAAGCUUUCUCUGGAACAGUAGUCCUGAACUAGGGCAUUUAGGCAAGGGCUUAGCUUUGAAGGCACAUGAAGCGAUUGCUAAUCAGUUGUGUGUGCGUGGUUAAAAAAAGAAUCUUACAGCAGUAGUCAAACUUAUUUGAAGUUAGGCACCAUCAUUCUGCUUUGCUUGUUUCUCGUAGAACAGAGGUGGUUAACUCCCAAGAGACUGCGAUCUACUCACAGAAUUAGGAACUGGCAGUGAUCUACCCCCUUUUUGGGGGUUCAGGUCAAAGUUGUUGAGCCUUUUUUACCAGUAGAUCACGAUCGACCUGUUGGACAUCCCUGUCAUAGAACACUACAUUUUCUUACCUUAAUUGAAAAUCUAGUGGAAGACAAGAUGCUUGAAAAUGUCCCUUUCCUAAAAUUUCCCCACUCUGAAGCCUGAGUCUCUCUUCUUGGUUAAAAGUAGCAAGCACCCUUUUUAUUUUUUGAGAGGCACUUUUGUUGCUGGAGAGGCAGCCACCUAGGAGGCCACUAGGUUCUCUGAGUGGUCCUUGGCGCAUCGUCUGUGGCUAAACCAGUUCAUCCUAUAAGAUGGGCAGGUCCCGAACCUGCAAGAUACACACCAAGAAGCAGAUAUCUUAUUCUUUUCUGGCACAUUAGAUAGGUCAGGUUCUCGUGUCAGCUGGCUGGGCUGGAAGUCACAGGGCAAGUCUCGCAACCCUCUUUUUCAGGGAUGGCCCCAGCUUUGCGGAGGCGGGGAUGGUGUGUAUUCUCCUCCGCAAUUUUCCAGCCGGGUUGUGCUAACGUAAAAUUCAAAACUGAACAUGAAGACGGGAGUAUGAUGGCAUUCUGGAGCAAAUGAAACCUUUGCCCAAGCAACAGCCUUCCUCCUCUUAAAAGGGAAUAAAAGUUACAGCCUGAAAACUUGGGGAAAGAAUAAAUGAGAACGCAACCAGAGCUUGAGGAAAACAGUUUCUGACAUGGAGGGAAAGGGGAAAUAAGCUUCAAGUGGAACACUAUCUUUUAUUCACGACCUGCAGUGGGGCGGACUGCGAGCGCAGGACUGAAAAUAACCCCCCCAAGCUCCACACCUCUCUGGCAAAGUGGGAGGCAAGAAUGCCAAGUAAUGUAUGUUCUGUCACAAGGACUUUUUCUGCUCGCUGAACCUUGCUGCCUGGGACUCCUAAUGGCCCCUGAGAGCUGGCGCACUCUAGUUAAAAAUUAACAAACAAAGGGAGGGAAAAGUAAUUAAAUAUGGAUGGCGGUAAUCGCUGAGGAGCAUGUCUGGCCCGAACUGCUGCACGCUUGAGCGCUCCCGUGCAGCUCGGCACAUCCUGCAAGUUUAGAAGAACCCUGCGGUGAGCUUCCCGGGAAGAUUUGCCCAUUAAAUCUUCGAGGAGGGGCGGCUGCGCUAGUAGGGGAUGGGCGAGAGCGCAAGGCUUUCAGGUGGACACAAUGGGAGACCUGUGGCACAAGCUUGAGGAGUGAUGGAAUGGCGGCCAGGGAGGAAUUUAAAAGGGCAGGUCCUUCUUGGCAUCAUCUUUCCUCAAAAUAAAAGGCUUUCCGUAAGGUGUUGCAGAUCCCUUGCAUUGCAUUGUAAGGGCUGCAGAGUCAACAUGCAUUGCAAAACUGGGUGUGUGAGUGUUUACUGUGGAUCGCCGUGCUGCAAACUUCUUGUCUUUAUCAGGUUUGGUUUGUUCUUCCUCCUCCUGGAAGUAUUCCAUUACUGAAGGAUUUGUCUCUUCUCAAGCCCACCACUUUCCAAUCUCUCUUUUUUGACUUUCCCUUCUGCCUUCUCCACUCCACACUUAAUUUUUUUACAUGCGUGAACGUCCUCAGCCCCACACGAUCCCUAAAUGCACAACUGUUGAGCUGCUCUAGGCAGCAAAACAAACUAAUCCGUAACUUGCACUUUCUAAGAGCUCUGAACAUUCAGGUGACAAGGCGUGCGGUUUGUAGUGCUUCUGAUUUCCACACGCCAGGCCAUAUUAGGGUACUUUGAACUGUGAUCUCCCUCCACCACAGGCCCACACUGACGACAAAGAUUCUAGCUGGGUGGUUUCCUGCCUGUGCUGAGAAUGGGAGCUUGGAAUUGCUUGGGAAGAGAACACUUUUGACUUCCUGGGUAGACAGCAGUUUUAGCACCUAAUGCACUUUCCCAAACACUUGAGAUUUUUGCAUGUAGCUGCGUGUCAUUUACAUUUUACCUUUACCCUGUAGCAAUGGUGAGGCUUAGCAUCACAGCUGUCAGUCUUCCACCCAAGGUGGGCUGUUAAUGCAUCAAGUACAAGAUGUAUUGACAGCCUGUGCUGCCUUAGUGCUCAGACCUGGCCUGGAUAUGAAAUUGAAUCCACAGUGAAGUCCAAAUCAGAGAGAUGUAAUCAUGUCAUUUGCAUGUUGCUGGUAGAUCUAAAUGUACGUAUUGUGGAGUUGCUGAGAUUUCUUUAUAGAUGUAAAACUGGAGUAAAGGUAAAGGGACCCCUGACCAUUAGGUCCAGUCACGGACGACUCUGGGGUUGCAAGGGGAGCCGGCAUACAGCUUCUGGGUCAUGUGGCCAGCAUGACUAAGCUGCUUCUGGCGAACCAGAGCAGCGCAUGGAAACGCCGUUUACCUUCCCGCUGGAGCGGUACCUAUUUAUCUACUUGCACUUUGACGUGCUUUCGAACUGCUAGGUUAGCAGGAAAACUGGAAUAGUACUAUUCAAAGUACAUUUCACACUGGAUAUGUUCCUGCUUUGUUUUCUUCCUGUUUUUAGCCCUACCUACCGCAUUUCUCAUGAUGUCAUUUCAGUUGCCAUUUCAUACAUUGUCAUCACAUGUGGAUAUUUGCUGUUCUGUCCAAAAUGACUCCCUGAGCGUCAUGCAAUUCAUAAAUUGUAGUCUUGGAAGGGACCGCAAGGAUCAUCAAAGUUUCCAUUCAAGAGCAAUUGGGCUGCGAUAGAUGGCUUGUAGGUGUUAGAUUGGGCAGGCCAUGUGCUGUUGUUAGUCCAAGUGCCAGAAAGGUAUUUUGUGCUGGCCUCCUGGCACUGCAAGCCACUAUGUCUUAAUCUGCUUUAGCACUUUGAAAGCACGUUUGGCGUAAGAUGGAAGCAACAAACUCAAAGAAGAGGUGCUUUCUAUUGAGAAAUUUGGGCACAGCAAUGGCUGCGUUGGUUGUGCCGAUCCUUCCAAUGUGCCUGGAUUAGCAGUGGUUGGUAUCCUGAAUGUUGCAGGCACUGGCAGCCCACAACCAGAGCACCAGAUAACCCCCAAAACCCAUGUGGUCCUCUGCCGUAGAAUCUGUUGACAAACCAAGUGAUGCCACAGCUAGUUAUUACUGUGGUGAGUGGUGGGAUAUGAACAAGAAUAGUCCACUACAAACUAGGCUGUACCAUCGAUGGGUGGGUGGAAUUGAGAGGGGGAGUAAGGGCAAGCUUGCACAGCGCCAUGUGGGUCUUUCUUGCAAGACAGGCCUUCUGCGCCAUAAUAGUUGAGCAAAUCUAUAGGCAACUCGCCAUUUGCGCAGGGAUUGCAUUUGAGAUCAUCCCAUGCAUUGGCGGACUGUGCCCACCCACCCCUUUCUGCCCCAUUUUUGGGCCGCUUCCAGGUCCACAGUGAUGACCAUGCGUCAAUCAGAUGCGUGUAAAAAGGUUGCUGCCUGUUUCCUUGUUGUUUGGGCAGCCCAGGACCUCCAAACACUCUAGUACGUUUCCGAGCACAAUUCAAAGUAUUGGUGUUGACCUUUAAAGCUCUAAACGGCCUCAGCCCAGUAAACCUGAAGGAGCGUCUCCACCCCCAUCAUUCUGCCCGGACACUGAGGUCCAGCGCCGAGGGCCUUCUGGCGGUUCCCUCAUUGCGAGAAGCAAAGCUACAGGGAACCAGGCAGAGGGCCUUCUCGGUAGUAGCGCCCGCCCUGUGGAACGCCCUCCCAUCAGAUGUCAAAGAGAUAAACAACUACCUGACAUUCAGAAGACAUCUUAAGGCAGCCCUGUUCAGGGAAGUUUUUAAUGUGUGACAUCUUAGUGUAUUUUUGGUCUUUGUGGAAGCCACCCAGAGUGGCUAGGGAAAGCCAGCCAGAUAGGCGGGGUACAAAUAAUAAAUUAUUAUUAUUAUUACCCACACUUGUGCCCUGGGGAGGUUACUUUGGGGCUGCUAACACAACAAAAGCAAUGUGGAAGGCAACAGUUACAAGUUCCCGGUCUUAGCAGCCACAGCAGGCUUUCAGAUUCUCCAGCGGUUUAACUUCCUUCCUGGAGGCGCCCCCGUUAUCUUCCAUUACAGAAGAAUGUGAACAGCUAACGUUGAGAGGUGGACGUCAGAAAACAGAAAUAAAAUUCAAAAUGGUCUUGAUAGAAUGGUAAACUGCCAUUUUUUAUGUGUGGGGAGUUCAAUCCUCCUCAGUUUGCACAUGCAAAAGGUUUUCCCGUGUACCCAAAUGCUGCAAGAAGCAGGACUGAACUCCCUGCAAAUCAGCCAGUGUGUGAGGAAUUCAGUCCUGCUUGGUCAUUGUCUGCUGUUACCCAACUCCUGUGGGCCAACACUGACAGAUGGAUGGUACCACUCACACACCACACCCAUCCCCUGAUGUCAUUAUGAUGUCAGAUGAUUGACUGGUGAGUGGUUCUGCCCUCUUGUCAAAGUUUGCCCAAGGGGAAAGUGAGGGAGAGAUAAAGCCGAAAGCUUCCCUACCCCUGCGAUGAGAGGUAAUAGUUCAAUUUGACUGUGCCCUAGUCAAAUCUUAUCUGGACUCUGCUGCAUCCAGUUCUGGGCACCAAACUUGGAGACAAACUGGAAUUAUUUCAAAGGGAGCAGUGAAGAUGGCUGGUGGGAAAGCAAUCCUGUGCAGAAAGAUUGAAGGAGAGAAGCCUUGAGGAGACAUGUCAGAGCACUAUUCAAAAAUACUUGAAUGGCUCUUACAUACAGAAGAAAGACUCAUUCAAGACUAGAUUUGAUGUUGCUUAACUUACAAGGGAUGGGACGCGGGUGGCGCUGUGGGUUAAACCACAGAGCCUAGGACUUGCCGAUCAGAAGGUCGGUGGUUCCCACGACGCGAUGAGCUCCCAUUGCUCAGUCCCUGCUCUUGCCAACCUAGCAGUUCGAAAGCACGUCAAUGUGCAAGUAGAUAAAUAGGUACCGCUCCAGCGGGAAGGUAAACGGCGUUUCCGUGCGCUGCUCUGGUAACGCCAGAAGCGGCUUAGUCAUGCUGGCCACAUGACCCGGAAGCUGUACGCCGGCUCCCUAAGCCAAUAAAGCGAGAUGAGCGCCGCAACCCCAGAGUCGGCCACGACUGGACCUAAUGGUCAGGGGUCCCCUUUACCUUUACCUAACUUACAAGGGUGUAAAUUUGGCUUGAAUAUUAGGAGAAACUUGCUGAUGGUAAGAGCAGCUAAAAAUCGAAACUUCUUAGAAGUCAGGGGGGCAGGGCUCUUCCUUGCCUGAGGUUUUAAAACAAGCUGGAUGGUCACUGGCUGGGGAUGCUUCCCCCCAGUUGUACUGCAGGGUUGGAGUGGGAUUCAAAUGGUGCUGUUUAAGGACAGAUGAGCAUUCAUAUUCACACUUGUUCCAUAUCUUCUGUCUCCUUUCCUCCCCACUCUCCCUGCUUCUCAAGUACUGGGUUUGUAAUAUUUUUAAUCAGGCAAAUUAAUCUAUUUUUAAAACUUUUGAUCAAGUAACAAGGUUCCCUGAUUAACUAGGCAAACAUAAGUGUAUUUAAUUUUUUUAAAAAAACCACACACCAUUUUAGGGAAGUUGUUCACCGUUUUCUUGAACACACGAGGAGAUGCCUCUUUGAUUAAUUAAGGAUGGUGCUUGCUGCUUCAUCUAAAAGCAUACAUUGCCCCUCAAAACUAUUUUUAUCCCUUCGCUCACAUGGGCACAUUUAAUUCUCAUUGGAUUCCUUUAAGUUGUUGACAAGUCCUGUCAGAUGUACAGAUCGUACAGUAUUGACUGGCCCAACAGACCUAGAGGCAGAAAACUCUGUAGGUAAAGGCCUCCUCAUAAUGUUUUUUCCUCACUUUGCAUUUCUUCAGUGAAACUGAGUUGGAAAAGGGUCAGCUGGUGGUUCAGGACACUGUAGCAGUUUCUGCCAGGACUGCUUUGCACGCUGCACCAUUAAGCAUAGCCUUUAAGACUUCUGAAGCAUGAACGAGACAAGCAAAUGUUUUGAAAAGACUUGUGUGUCACGCAGGACUGGCUCGCUUCCCUGUCAAAUCUACAUGUGGGUCUGUUCCUGGGUGUAGUGGGGAAUAGCCCCAAGGAAUUAUGGGAGUUACUUGGGUUCUGUACAACCUCUUGGUCAGAGACUUCAGGGAUACGGUUUACGUCAAGGUGUAAAGAAGCCCUCUUUCCCCGCCAUUUCACUUGCGUACAUGACCUCCCACGCCAACACCACUGUUCAGUUAAAUAGGUGGCUGUUCUUCUAAACUAGGCUGCCGCUUGCCUUGUCUUACCAAGCAGAAAAAUCAUGGAACUUACUCAUGGUAGUUACAAAGGUGUAAGAGAGGGGGGUGUAGGUGCUGGUGGAGGAACUACAUUGUGUUCUUUCUCUGAGGUGUAGCUGCCAGAGAAAGACGCAUGUUGGGUUGGGAGCAGAACAGAAGGGGUACCAUGUUCAGAACUCUUUCCCUAGGCAUGUUUGCAUGGCACUGUCAUUACAAUUUUUAGGGCCCAGGUGAAUCCCUCUUUGCCAUGUGAAUUUUUGACAGCAUUUAAGAUCCUUGUGGACUUUCGCUAUUUUUGUGUUGCAGUGGCAACUAGGACCGCUCCAUUUGCUUGCUACAUUGCACUGCUGUUGCAGUGAAGUAAUGCUUUUGUCCCAGAAGUCUUUUGUUUGUUUGUUUGCUUGUUUGAAAUGAGAGACAGAGAUAGUUUAAAUGUUCACUUGUCUUUCACCACUGUAUUUGUACAUGACCCCUAUCUUUAAGAAAAGAAUCAUCUGCACAAGUCUUAGGUUGCAAUCCUACACACUCCUGAGAUUGAAUUCCAGUGUUGAAGCCAGUGAGACAUGCAUCUGAAUAGAAGGCGCACCUAAGAUUUCACCAUGGGUGUGUUUGGAAUUAGGCACCCAAACCAUAGUAUGGCUUUGAAUUCAUUAAUAAUAAUAUUUUAUUUUUUUUAAUUUUUAUUUAUACCCUGCCCAUCUGGCUGGGUUGCCUCAGCCACUCUGGGUGGAUUCCAACACAUAUAAAAACAUAAUAAAAUGCCAAACAUCAAUGCUAGCAAUCUAAUCCAGUAUAAAAAGUCACAAUAACUUUAAACAGCUUAUAUCAAACAAAGCAACAUUCAACAAUCCACCAGAAUCUAAUAGUAAAACCGUAGAGUUAAACAUCAGCACAUAAUAAUCAGUUUACACUUAUCAACCACAAUAGAGAAUUGCCAAUCUAUAAUCAAUAAAAAUAACAGCAAAUUGCAAUGCAUAAAAUACCACAAAAGAUACAAAAAGGGUAAAAUUGUGACAAGGACACACAACUUAUAAAACUAUUUUUUUAAAAAUAUACCUGAACUCCUCUCCUCAGCUGCUGCUGCUGUUCUCAAACUCAUGGUCUGGGAAAGGCUUCCAGGGCUGGAGUGUGGGCAGGGCAGAUGGAAACACCAUUGCCUGGUGAAGAAUUCAUUAAUGUCUGCAGUUUCAGAGCAAGGUGAAGCGGGUGGGGGGGGGGGAAUGACUGCGAGAGCUCCCUCUUGUGGUGAACUGAAUUCUGCCCCAAUUGAUUCUGCGGCCAUAGUGAUGAAGGUUUGGGAUUAUAGCACUCUUUCCCAAACCAAUUGAACUUGGCUCUUUGGAACUUGCUGUAUGUUACCCCCACACUUCUAAUUGCUACGUGAUAAAAGAUAAUCUUAGCAGCAGUCUCUGGCUUUGCUUUGCCCCUGCCCUCUUGCCUGACUUACUCAUUUGCGCACUGAACUCAGAAGAGGCCAGCUGCUCUAAAUGGGAGAGCAGGCUUUGUGCAGCUUGGAAAAAGAUGGUGCAAGGAGGUAAUUGGGCUUGUCAUCUAGGUAUUGACUUGUAGGGCAGGAGCUCUUCUUGGUCCUGUUUAGGUGUCUUGUAGGGUUUGCUUAAGGGAUGCAGGCGGCGCUGUGGGUUAAACCACAGAGCCUAGGACUUGCUGAUCAGAAGGUUGGCGGUUCGAAUCCCUGUGACGGGUGAGCUCCCGUUGCUCGGUCCCUGCUCCUGCCAACCUAGCAGUUCAAAAGCAUGUCAAAGUGCAAGUAGAUAAAUAGGUACCGCUCCGGCGGGAAGGUAAACAGCGUUUCCGUGUGCUGCUCUGGUUCGCCAGAAGCGGCUUAGUCAUGCUGGUCACAUGACCCGGAAGCUGUACGCCGGCUCCCUCGGCCAAUAAAGCGAGAUGAGCGCCGCAACCCCAGAGUCAUCUGUUGGUUUCUAUUUCCCUCACUGAGCAGCAACUGCAGUCACAAGACAUUGUUUUGCAUUCCACAGUCAGAGUUACUGUUGGAGUUUCUCACGGGAAAGGGAGACUGGAUGUGACGUACACUGGUUUCCUGUUUUUCACUGUGAUUCUCUCCGAGCUGAGAGAGGAGAGAGGAUGCAUUUUUCUGCUUCGGCAGAGGCAUGAUGUCUUUCUGUAAUAUACCAGCUUUGAACUGUAAAUAAAGCAAUAUAGAGUAUGUAACACAUUUUCCUCAUCCUUCCGCUGGGCACGACAGACUCUGCUUUAAAUCAACACGUGGUUAUGGGCUCCAGGAGUCGAAUCGGAGUGCCGGCAAAGGAUCGGAAUGCAGAGGGACGGAUCGGAAAGGAAUCUGCUCUGCGCGUAGAAGUGAUUGAUGAGGUAUGUGCUACUGCUCCGGGCAGCCUGCCAGCUUCAAGAUAAUGGCUUUAUGGCUGGACUUUGAACUUUUAAAGCCGGUUUUGCAAAUAGGCAAAAGGCUCCCAGGCACAAGUCACUAUGCUGGGGAAAUCGAAAGUAACUUUUAAGUGUGCCUUUGUAAUGAAGCAGCUGCAGCAGUGACGCAGCAAGAUUUAAAGCAGCAUAUGACGCUGAAGGCUAAUGCCAGAGUCAUGAUGGCCCUUCAGGAUGCUUGUAGGAUUCCUAAGCUCAACAAGAAUAAUUACAGCGACUGGGUUCAGUAUGCAGAGGCAAUUCUGCGGAAAGAGGGUUUGUUUGAGGUGAUUACAGGAACCCCCAGUUCCAGUUACAGAUGCAUGGGAAGCUAAGGAUUCCAAAGCAAGGGAACUCUUACAUUGAUAGUAUCCCCAGAAGAGCUCUGUCUAUUGCGUGAUAAGACCUCAGCCAGAGAAAUUUGGGACGCUCUGAAAGAGGCUCACUUAAGGACAGAAGCUGGAUCCACUAUGUUUUAUUUUAACAAGCUGCAUAAUAUGGCUCUUGCUGAAGGUGGAGAUGUGCGUUUACAUCUGAUGGAGAUGCAAAAUCUGAGACAUGAGCUGCAACAGAGAGGACUCAACUUUCCAGAGGCUGUGUAUUCUUUCAUGAUACUACAAUCUUUGGGUUCAGGUUGGGAGUCUGUUGCAACCCAGAUUGCUGUGCAACCAACUGCUCAGCUGACAGUGGACUUUGUUACUGCCGUGAUUUUAAAUGAAGCAGAUCGCCGGGGUGCUAGCUGCAUGGGCAAGGAGAGUCUUCACAGACGUCAUCCCAUAGUGCAGUGGAACCACCAGAUGGCGCCAAAGCUUUGAAGGCAGUGAAAUGCUACUCAUGUGGACGUCUAGGCCAUAUGAAGAGGGAAUGCAGACAUCCCAGGGCCAAGACAGAGCAGCGCAGCGAAGCUCAUCGCGCGGAAAAGGCCGAGGCAAAGGCAAAGGUCCGGUGUCUAGGACAACGCAGCACAAGGCUAUGGUUUCACGCUUCACUCCAAAGGUUGCAGAGGUCCAGAAGACGUCUAGAUCUUUCUUCGUUGUUGAUUCAGCGGCCACCCACCACAUGUGCAACGAUAAGAAACUGUUUGUGUCUUUUACACCGCAGGAAGGUGCGAUUCACCAGGCGGAUGACCACACUAUUCCCAGUAAAGGCUACGGAACUGUUGUUCUUCACAGUUUGGACUUAUCGAUACAGAAUGUGCUUUACGUGCCAGACGCCAAACAUAAUCUGCUCAGCGUUGGACAGCUGAAUGAGCGGAACAUUGACGUUUCCUUCAAGAACAAGAAGUGCAUCAUCACAAAGAAAAAUGAUUAUGUAUUGCAUGCAGAAUAUGUUGAUCAUUUGUUUGUUUUGUAUUAUGAUGAUGUGGUGCAGGAUGACACUUGUUGCAUUGCAGGUUCUAACAAAAGUUUGCAUGCAGAAUGUAUUCACGAUUUUCAUCGCAAAUUUGGUCAUUUGCAUUUUGAGGCAGUAUCUAAAAUGCCUGCCUUGGUUGAAGGUAUGACUAUUAAACCCUGCAGGUACCACAUGAAGUGCAAAGCAUGCGCAGCAAACAAGGUGAAAAUGGCUGCGAAAGGUAAGGUGUCUAGUAGGAAAGCUACAGAACCAUACCAGGUUGUUCAUGCUGAUUUGGUUGGACCACUUGCGCCCUCUUUGGGUGGAAAUAGAUACUUCAUGGUUCUCAUUGAUGCAUUUUCUAGAUAUAUUUUUGUGUACAAUCUCAAGCAGAAAUCGGAGGCUUUUCCUAGGUUCAAGGAAUUCUGUGCUUGGUUGGAAAAUGUGCAUGGUAAGAAGAUAAAGACUCUUUUCAGUGAUCGCGGGGAAUUCACUUCUCAGCAGUUUGAAGCUUUUCUGACUGAGAAAGGAAUUCAACACGAUUUGUCUAGUCCUCGCUCGCCAUGGCAGAAUGGACUUGCGGAGCGGGCAAAUCAGACAUUGCUUCAAGGUCUAAAAACCUUGCUGCAUGAUGCCAAUCUUCCAGAGAGUUAUUGGGCCGAAUCUCUCUCGUGUUUUGUUUACAGUUACAAUCGCAGAUUAUCUUCAGCGAUUGGUUGUACCCCCUAUGAGAAGAUGUUUGGCAAGAAGCCAUACAUCAAACACAUGAAGAUUUUGGUUCUGACAUGUGGGUUCACUCACCACAAAACUCCAAGUUAGACAAGCGUGGAUUGCAUGGUAUCUUUCUAGGUUAUCAGAAAGGGUCUUACAGAAUAAUGAUGACUGACUCUAAGACAAUUAAGCUCACGAGAAGUGUUGAGUACAAUGCAAAGUGGGGGAGAAUGUGGGAAUUUUCCAAUGUUAUCCUGAUGACGGUGAUGAGACUGAGGAUAGUCAAAAGCAACCACAACAGCCCACACCCACUGAUGAAGGUUCUGAGUCUGAAUCUGAAACUGAAUCGGGUGAUUCAGAGGAUUUCAAGAGUGCGAAAGCCUCUAUGCGACCCUCUGAAAGCUCUGAUCAAGAAUUGGAGGAACCAUUGUUCACAAUAGGUCGUUUUUCUCCUAAGAAGGAAGAGGAGAGUGUUGAAGACUUAAGGAUAAUUCGUAGGUCACAGAGAGCCACAAAAGGCAAACCUCCAAAGAGAUUUGCUGAUGAGUUUGCUAAGAUAGCAGUAACAGCUGUUAAAAGCUCCAAGAAGGUAUUUGAACCUUCAAGUUUCCAAGAAAUCCAGGGUUUGGAUUCAAAGGAAGCUGAGCCAUGGUUAAAUGCCAUGAAGGCUGAGCUUGAUUCCUUAGAAAGGAACAAAACAUGGGAGCUAGUUCCAGUAGUUCCAGGAAUGAAACUGCUUGGAAGCAAAUGGGUCUUCAAAGCGAAGACAGAUCAAAAUGGCAAGAUAGUCAGACACAAAGCCAGAUUGGUAGCCAGAGGUUUUGCACAGGUACCAGGUGAAGACUAUCACGAGACCUAUUCACCCACAGUGAGAUAUGAAAGCAUUAGGCUUAUGCUCAAGCUAGCUGCAGAGGAAAAUCUACACAUUAGUCACCAUGAUAUUAAUACAGCUUUUCUGUACGGAUCUCUAGAUGAAUCACUUUAUAUGCUUCCACCUGAUGGCGUACAGGUAAAACAGGGAUUUGUUUGUGCUCUGAAGAAAUCCCUUUAUGGUCUCAAACAAAGUGCACGGUGUUGGCACACAAAACUCACUGAAGUAUUGUUUUCUCUAGGUUUUCAGCAAGGGAAAGCUGAUCCAUGUGUAUUUGUCAAAGAGGAGGGGCAAAAGAAACUGUACUGUUUGUUUUAUGUUGAUGAUUUAUUAUUCUUUUGGAAAGAUGUUGCAAUGUACAAUAGCGCCCUAGCUCAACUGAAAGAGCACUUUGACAUGAAAGAUCUUGGUGAGGUAAACAACUACCUAUCUCUGGAAAUAGAGAGAGAUCAAGAUGGUAACAUUCUAGUACACCAGUCACGGAAAAUUGCUGAUGUGUUAAGCAAACUAAAUCUGAUGGAUGCUAACCCUGUAGACACACCGAUGACAACAGGUUAUCAGGUAGAUGACACUGAAGAAGCAUUUUCUGACACUACACUGUACAGGAGUGUGCUAGGCAAGCUAAACUUCAUUGCCAGAUGUUCAAGACCAGACAUUGCUGUUAGCUGUAAUUUGCUAAGCAGACAAGUCAACAAUCCUAGUGUCAAGGAUUGGAAAGCUCUGAAACGCAUAGCGCGGUAUUUGAAAGGCACUAUGCAUUACAGACUGAGAUUUAACAAUCAGAAGUCUGGUGGUCUUGAGAUAUUUGCAGAUGCAAGUUUUGGAAGUGACGCUACAGACAGGAAAAGUACGUCUGGAGUUUGCUACAUGUACAAUCAGAGUCUGUUUGAUUGGUCAUGCAAGAAGCAAACAACAGUUAGCUUAAGUACUUGUGAAGCUGAACUGAAUGCACUGUCUUAUUCACUUAAGGAUUGUGAAUGGUUAGUACAAUUGUGCAAAGAUAUGAAAAUUCCUGUCAAAUGUCCAAUCCAGGUUUACCAGGACAACAAAGCAUGUUUGGCUUUGCUGAAGUCUGAAGGUUGUAAGCAAAGCACAAAGCACUUACAAUUAAAGUUGCAGCAUGCUAGGGAAUGUAUUCAGAAGGGACUCGUAACGGUGUCCUAUAUGCCAGGUAAUGAAAUUCCUGCUGAUGUAUUGUCCAAGAUUGUAUCAAGGGAUCAACACUGUACCUAUGUGCAGAAGUUGGGUUUGUACUGAUAUUGUGCAAACACGCUGCCCAGUGAUGUUCACAGAAAGGGGAGGAUGUUGGUUUCUAUUUCCCUCACUGAGCAGCAACUGCAGUCACAAGACAUUGUUUUGCAUUCCACAGUCAGAGUUACUGUUGGAGUUUCUCACGGGAAAGGGAGACUGGAUGUGACGUACACUGGUUUCCUGUUUUUCACUGUGAUUCUCUCCGAGCUGAGAGAGGAGAGAGGAUGCAUUUUCUGCUCCUGCAGAGGCAAGAUGUCUUUCUGUAAUAUACCAGCUUUGAACUGUAAAUAAAGCAAUAUAGAGUAUGUAACACAUUUUCCUCAUCCUUCCGCUGGGCACGACAGACUCUGCUUUAAAUCAACAUCAUCCACAACUGGACCUAAUGGUCAGGGGUCCCUUUACCUUUACUAGGGCUUGCUUCCGGUAAGGCACCCCCUUUCCCAGAGUCCUUAUGAGUCCUCUUCCCCCACCAACCUUCUUGUCUGGUAGUUGAGAAUCUUCAGAGUAUACUGUUGAAAAGUUAGUGGUAGUCAGACUGGAUGUUUAAGUAUAUGUAACUGCUUUCAUUCCCCCCCCCCAAAAAAAAUAUCACACAUGAGAAUUGCUAAGGGUCUUGCUAGACCACUUCCUUUUGUAGCAAUUGCAAUACACUGUGCUAGAUGCUGUUUGGUUUUAAUUUUAUUUCUAUUGCUUCUUAUAUUUUGUAUCUUGCUGCAUUACCAUUUGAAUUCCAUAGCUUCCCAAGUGUAAUAAGAUAAGUGAGAAGUGGUAAAAUACAACGAAAAACCAGUGCGAAUUAAUGUGAUAGUUGAUGUGCCAUCUCCUGCCUUCAGCCACAAAUCCACAGACUUGUCGUGGACCACCUGAACGAUGCUUGUGGACAACUGGUGGUCCGUGGGCCAGUUUGGCAGCCCUUCCACUAUAUGAUCUCGGUGAAACUUUCAGUAGAUGGACUCAUACAAAUAAAAAUGAACGUGCCUGUUUUGUUUAAAAUAAGGAGGCAAGGCAUAUUGCAUGCCCACAAAUUUUAUAAUGAACAUUUGUCUUCUUAAAAAUCCUUGCUUCUGGAAAUGUUUGUGUGUACACAUGCGAUAGAGAAUAUAUAUAUAUAUCACACUCUGAAAUUAGCAUAGCCCUACUGACACCACCAGCACAACUUGAAGGCUCUGAUUCAUUUUGGCUGCUUUCUCACUUAAUGCAACACUUGCAUCUGUUUUGAUGGGAUGGCUGGUGUCAAUUGCCAGGAAAUGUCUAAAUUUAUAAGUAUUGUUGGGGUCUGGAUGGGCUGGGUAUAGCAUCUGAAGAAUGUUUGGUCUAGUUCAGCUCUCAAAUCCACUCCGAUUUCCCCGAUAGUGACCCAGGGACUAGAGGUGUUUUGCUGCAAAAUCUGACAACUUUCCAUGGGUGGUGUGGCUCGGGAAUAGAGUUGGUGUCUUUAUCUCUCUUUUGGGGUUUUGUAUAUAAAAUGUAGAAAAAAAUUAUCCUAUAAUAAUUUAAAGCUAUUUUGCUGUAUGAGUGGAACUGUGGGUGCCUGUUGUGCCCUAUCUUGAUUUGAAAACUUAAUUAGGAACUCUCCUGCGGCACUUGGGGACCUGUGAUCUUUGUCUCCAUUCUAGAAAAUAUUGAGAGGGGCAUGUUCUUGCAUGUGCCCAGUGAUCUUCCAUCUGGUCCCACUAGAACAGACUUCCUCAACCUGGUGUCUUCCAGUUGUUGCUGGACUCCAACUCCCACCAGCCUCAGCCAGCAUGGCCAAUGGUCAGGAAUGAUGGGAGCUGUUGCCCAACAACAUCGGAGGGCACCAGGUUGUGGAGAAGCUGUUCAAGGUAAGAGGCACAGUACGAAAGUGGGUCAUGUCAGGACAGACACCUGCCAUUUCCCUUGAGCUUCUAAUGGUAUUGGGUUGCUCUUGAUUGCAUCUAUUCAGUUUUAAAGCUACAAUAGUGUGUGUGUGUGUGUGUGUGUGUGUGUGUUUAUUUUUAUUAUAAGAGAUAAAAAGGAAACACACACACACACAAAGUAACAGUGCCAAAAGGAAACAGUGGAGACAUCAAAAUGAACUUUUAGGUAGCCGGGGAAACAAAGCCAGAUGGACGGGGUAUUAAUAUAAUAUAAUAUGAUGAUAAUGUUGUCCUCAGGACACUGGGACACGAUCGAAUAACACUAAAAAUUGCAGACAAAAUAAAUGCUUAAUAAAGGAUAAAUGAUAAAAAAGACUUUACAUAAUUAUAGGGGUGGGAAAAAAUUAAAUAUUACAGAACAGCCGUGUACAAGGCUUCUUCCGUCUCCAGAUUUACGAUGUCCCCUGAUGCUCUAGAGACAAGUGUAAAACUUACAGAAUCCAUGUAUUCUGUAUGAACAGGUGCCUUUCUAAUCUCACAUUAUCAUAGUGGAGAGUCCAGUAGUUAAUAAAACAAUUCCAUCUCUCUACUAGCUUGUCUGCUCCUUCGUCCUUCCCUCCUCCUUACCAGGUCUGUCAGUUUAUCCAUAAGGCCAGUGUGAUACAUUUUGUUAACAUUCUGUUGUUGUUAUGGUAUUCUGUUGUUAAUCUUCCUGCUUUGCUUAGCUGCCUUGGGGCAUCUGCAAGAAGGUGGGGUGUAAAUUUCAAAUUUAGAUGAAAGAACGCGUUGCUUGAGAUUCAAAGGUGAGUCGUGCAUCCGGGGCCGCUCUUAUAAAUGCCUUCCAAGUCUUGUCUCUCACUUUUGUUUUGAUUUCUUCUCUCUCUCCAGAUGCGCUGGCUCCCUCCCUCAGAGGCUACUUCUCAGGGCUGGAAGUCCCGUCAGUUCUGCUGAAUACUGUGUAAGUGGAUGAGAAAGACCUUGUGAAAAUGCUCCAGAUUAGCACAAGAGGGAGCCCGAGCGCUGUGUUGUUUUUGUUUUCUUCACUUCCUCUGUCUCAUAUGGAUUGGUGGGAGGCUUGUGGCUACUUUCAUUCUCUGCUUGUCAUGCAGUCUUGGGCCUGAAAUUGGUCCUUCUGUACUGGUUGCAGGUAGUCUCUCUCCGUGUCGCCACCCCCCUACUCCCUGCAAUCCCCUUUCUGAGAAUAAAUAUUCAACUUUUUUAGAACAAAAGGGAGCUGGUUCAUGCUGUUGACCAAACUCUUUCAUCGUUUUCUGUACCCCCUUCUCCCACAAACACAUUUAAAAGAGUAUAGGAUGUCAGUCAGCCCAAGGCCUGGUUGAAGACGAACAUUUUUGCCUGGCUCCUAAAGGUGUAUAAUGAAGGUGCCAGCCGAACCUCCCUGGGGAGAGCAUUCUGCAGGGAGCCACUGCAGAGAAGGCCCCGUUCUUGUGUCGCCACCCUCCAGACCACUCGAGGAAGAGGCACACGAAGAAGGGCCUCAGAAUAUGAUAUCAGGGGCUGGAUAAGUUCACAUGGAGAGAGGCGGUCCUUGACGUAUUGUGGUCCUGAGCCAUUUAAGGUGUUCUACAUCAAAUCCAACGCUUUGAAUCGAUGUUCCCCUUGCCUUGGGUGGCAGCGAUUAGUGUCUGCAUAAUCACACAUCACCCACCUCUACCAUUUCUUUCCGGGGCAUAAAUAAUACCCUAAGUGUAGAUGAAGAAGCAUUUGGAUUUGAUACCCCGUUUUAUCACUACCCUAAGGAGUCUCAAAGCAGCUAACAUUCUCCUUUCCCUUCCUCCCCCACAACAAACACUCUGUGAGGUGAGUGGGGCUGAGAGACUUCAGAGAAGUGUGACUAGCCCAAGGUCACCCAGCAGCUGCAUCUGGAGGAGCGCGGAAGCAAACCCGGUUCACCAGAUUACGAGACUACCGCUCUUAACCACUACACCACACUGGCUGAAUUUAUUUGUCUCUUUCCUCCUGUGAUAUGUGGGAGGGAUCCUCAAGAGUCUGGGAGUGACCCCAGAGUCUGAUUGGAUAGCUGAUUGAGCAGUAAAAAUACACUGCAUGGGGUUUGUGUCCAAAACAGAAAAAACUCCUUUGACCCUCUGAAGGUAAAAGCAACCAACAUGCAGCCUCUCUGUCUCCUCCUGCUUUUCUGUAAAGCAGCAGAGAGCAAUAGACCAAUAAUCUUCCCUCCCUGUUUUUCGUCCCAUUUCAGCCAAAGAAAACAAAUCUGCUGUUCUUAAAAAUUAAUGAAAACUUCACUGGCCGCACAUCAAAGUUGGAGAGCUGUAAAUCAGUGGGGUUAUUAAAGGACAUGAGUUUUGAGGGUGAAAGAUGCAUGCGGAGCUGCAUGCUGCAAAUAGGUUGGGAUGACUUAAAAACUAAACCAGCAAGGACAGAAAGUAGUGAGGCUGAACUGAUGGGAGAGAACUGCAAAACUUGUUCCCUUACAGAAUGCUGGUUCCAGAACCUCAGGAAGCACUUCAUACCCCAAAGUUCUGAUUGCUCUAGAACAGUGUUCUUCAAACCUUCUAUUGGCAGAGAACACUGUCCAUAUCAGCUGGGUCUCGCUGUGUGUUGCAGAGAACUCUGGGGCAUGUCCUAAGUACACCGUCCAUUCAGCCAGAGUACUAGCUGUAUACCUAUUGGGCUUCAUUGUCACACAUUCUCGGCAGAAUAUACAUGAGAUCUCUCCCAACACACUCAUUAUCUGUUCAUUCAAGGGAAUAUGAGCAGCGAAGGGCACAUACACCUUGUUGUUGUUGUUGUUUAGUCGUUCAGUCGUGUCCGACUCUUCGUGACCCCAUGGACCAGAGCACUCCAGGCACUCCUGUCUUCCACUGCCUCCCGCAGUUUGGUCAAACUCAUGCUGGUAGCUUCGAGAACACUGUCCAACCAUCUCGUCCUCUGCUGUCCCCUUCUCCUUGUGCCCUCCAUCUUUCCCAGCAUCAGGGUCUUUUCCAGGGAGUCUUCUCUUCUCAUGAGGUGGCCAAAGUAUUGGAGCCUCAGCUUCACGAUCUGUCCUUCCAGUGAGCACUCAGGGCUGAUUUCCUUAAGAAUGGAUUGGUUUGAUCUUCUUGCAGUCCAUGGGACUCUCAAGAGUCUCCUCCAGCACCAUAAUUCAAAAGCAUCCAUUCUUCGGCGAUCAGCCUUCUUUAUGGUCCAGCUCUCACUUCCAUACAUCACUACUGGGAAAACCAUAGCUUUUACUAUACGGACCUUAGGGCAAGCAGUAUGUGAUGCCAAUAAAGGUUUGAUUAUGAUGGCAAGCAGUGUUCAGUGAAACUCAACUCAUAUUCUGAUUUAUUAGCUCAAGAAAUACAUACCCAACUGCCACCCCAGAAAGUUUUGAAAUUGUUCAGCAUCACAGGACAAUAGGUGCCUGCUUUAACAUAGAUACCAACUAUUGCACUGUGAUGCUGAAUAAUUUCAAAAUUUCGUCUCAUAUCUGCACUCACAAAUCCAUUUAAUCUUCUGACAUCUGAAAACCCAAACCUCAUUGUGUCUGGUUAGCAGUACAAUGUGCUGCUGUUUUCCUUUAAGAAUAAACUCAGCAAAUGGCCUUUCCCUAAUAUAGUGAUUUUAUCUUCCAAAGCCCAAAUUUAUCUAGGAUUAUUGGAUUGUUGGUGGUUGUUUUUUUCCCCCUAGAGAGAGGGAGCCAAUGAGUUGUUUUCAUACCAGCGUAUCAGAGUGAGCAAGAGAUGCAUGCAAAAAUGAGGCUUGAGGCCUUGUGGAUUGUUCUCCUCCUUCCAGAUGCACGCACAGCCAUAUUUGGGAACAGUUCCCUCAGCUGCAAGCUGGCUGCUGCAAUAGGAAAACCUCAGUGAAGAAAGAAAGAAAGAGUUCACCUCCGAUGAUUUUGCAUGUUACAUGAACAAUAAGAGAAGACAAAAGGCUUCUAUUUUAAGAAGUGCUGAGACUGAUGUAACAAGUCAAGCACCUGCCUCUCUAAGCAUUAUUAACAUGUUUCAACAUGUAUACAUGAUGCACUGGCCAUAAGAAUUUGCUCCCUUGCAUGUAGCAUUAGUAAACUAGAGACGCAGGUGUCCUCAGCGGCUAUGAGUGUCUUUUACCAGCUUCACCUGGUAAGGCAGAUGCAGCCGUUCCUGGAGGACAGCUGGACCACAGUUGUCUGUUAUUGGAAACCUCAAAGUUGGAUUACUACAGUGCUCUUGGGGGGCGGGAGGCUACCCUUGAGGCUGCAGUUUCAGCUAGGCUGCUUAUGGGAGCAAACCUACUCCCAGCUGCCAAUCCUGCUACUGAACCAAGUUCAAGAUUGAGACUACCUUUUCUCUUACAUACCAAGUAGGUCACUGUGUUCCGCAGGGGAGUUUUUCCUCAAAGUCCCCCAAAUAUCAGAAACUUUCUGCACAGUAACUGAAAGGAAGGCUUUCAGUGGGGCUGCCCUUGUUUUGUGACAGGAGCACACUUAACCUGUACUUUACAGAAACAGUAGAAGACUUUGUUUUGUUUUGACAAACUUACCCAUUUGGAUGAAAAGGUCUUUGCUUUAGAUUUAAAAACUAUGCAAAAUGAACAUCUGCCUUUAGCUGUUGUUUCUGUACUGUUGUUCAAACGAUUUUUAGCUGUGUUUUACGGCAUGUUCGUAAAUUGCCUUUAGACAAAUGCAAAAGGAGACUGGCAAAUAAAUAAAUCACCAUAACCUCACCCAAAAGGCAUUCAGUGGAAAGAGUAGCCAUUGAGCGGCCUAUCCUUUGGUUUAUUUAUUGGCUAUACUAGCCAAAUAUAAUGACCGUCCCUUGAUGUGCAGAGGUAGACUUCCAGAAUCCAGAUACUGAGGGAAGAAAGGAGGAAUAGCCAUGGUGUGUUGCUUGUGACCUUCUCAGAAGUAUCGAGAUACCCUUUUUAUUUAAAACAAUGUUUUGGGUGUUGGAGCUGGGAUGCUGGUCAGAUUGGGUGAAGGGAGGCUUCUCAUGUGCUUUGAAAAACAGGUCAAACUUCAGCAAAACUGGGGCACUUUAAAGAAAACAUAGUUAAUAAAGCUACUGUGCAACUGGGAACACCAGAUGGAGGAAGGAUUUGAUGGGAGUUCAGCUUAGUUGUGGCUUUGGCUGCAUAGGAGCAUUCUAACCCUGUCCCUAAGAUGGACUGUUGUUAUUGUGUCAUUUGCAAAAGUGGGGCUUUUCAAGCUAGAAAACAAUUGAACACUGCUGAGGUUGUCAUAGAAAAGAAAAAGAUGAGGAAAAAGAAGCAAAGGGACAAAUGUGGUAUUGUUGGUGUACAGUCAGCAUUGUUUGAAAGUCGCUGUCAAGAGUAAAGGCUCAGUAGGUUUUCACCCUGAAAUUAUAAUUCCUCAUGCACAUAGCACAGUGGAUCCAGGGCAAACCGCUGCUUAUAUUCUUGAUGUCUAAUUAGUUCGGCUACAGCUGUUGUGGUUUAGCAGAUUUGUAUGUUGCGGUUGUGCUGAGAACUCUCUCCAAUCUCCAACACUAUUAUAAAUGGAUUUUCCUAGAUAGAGGCAAUCUUCAGAUUUCACUAUUAAACACAGAAGCUAAGGUGUCCCAAUCUCUGUCAUUUGUCCAGUCAGGGUACUCACUGGGAAAGAAGGCCCUAUGUAUUUUAUAUAUCCAAGGGCCUAUGCAGUGCUGUUUUUCUAGAAAAAGAGCUGCUGGAACUCACUCAUUCUCUUAGAAUGGCAAUGGUGCCCAUCUGAGAGGUGCCAGAACUGAUUUCUGGUGAGUUCCCCCUGAAAAAAAAAAGCCCUGGCUAUCUAUUGUGUAUUUUUCUUUAUUGUAAAUUGCUUGGAGAGCUUUGGGUGACAAGCAGCUAUUAAGUUUAAUAAAUAAACAAACAAACAAUCCUAUAAUGUACCAACUUUUUUCAAUAAGGAGAUAUUCAUAUUAAGAAUCUUUGUAUCCAUUAUGGGGAAUAAUACCAACUGUCCCACAGAUGAAUACAAUGCUAAAGUUUUAAGAUGAUGAUUGUGGCAGUAUUUCUGGUAACAUAACUCUUUGUGUGUUGUGCAUCUACUCUCUUGCAAUUUGAAGACAUGAUUUCAUAUCUCCCUUUAACAUCUUUAGAGAUGGUCCUCGUCAUAUUACCCAUUUCAUUCUACAGAAGCAUGAAUGUUUCUGACAGCGCAUGUACCUUUCUGUUGUGCAGGUACCAGGUGUGUGAUGGCGGCUACAAUCUGUCUUGUGGGUAUUAAUGCGUUCUUCCUAAGUCGCUACUGGUAUCUUACCUCCAUCUUCAAAUUUGCAGUGUGGUGGGUAAGUGAAGACCUGGUUGUGAAAAUAUGCUUUAAUUUGAUGGGCCAAACAGUUUAAGCAGCGCAGCCAAAAGCCUUAGACCCUCCAUUUUCAUCUUGGAUCAUCUUGACUUUGAGCCAAGAGACUCUGCUGAAUAAAUGCUGUUUAUAUGCAUCUUCCCUGGCAUAUAACCAAGCUGGCAGUGCUAGCUGGAAAUAACCUUGCACUGAAAAGCCACCAGUUGGCUGCUGCUGUGGGCGAUCAGUAUAUAGCAGGGGUUGGCACCUAAGGCCCAUGAGCCACAAGCGGCUCAUGGGGGUCGUUUAACUGGUCCAUGGACCCCCGCUGCCUGCUCGGUUGGCUCCCAUGCGCUGCACUAAACCAGCAUGGAGCAGAGUGGAGACUGCCUUCUGCAACGCUGGCCCGCUUCCCAUUGGCUGCAGGGAGCUCCAGGGCAGAAAGCCCAGCCAGCAGCCAAACGAAGCCUCAAGCAGUGGUUCCCACAGCGCAGCAACCUGGCAAAGGGGAUGCAGCAAGGAAAACCAUCGUCACCUCUCCACUGGGAAGUGCUGAGCAAAGACAAGUCCCCAGGCAACGCGGCUGAUUUGAUUGGCACAAGGCAUGCAAGCUCCACCCCCCCAGUCGUUCUUAGACUCCUUAUUGGAUGAGCAACGCAGCCAAGCAACACAGUUGGAGCCUCCCUCCUCCCUGGCCGGCAGGGAGGGAGGGAGAGGAGCUGCUUCCUUUGAAACCCGGGAAAUUUAAGGGACAUCAUCAAUAAGGGACAGCAGUGGGACACAGUGCUGGGGUAAGGGACUUUCCGCCAAAUAAGGGACGGUUGACAGCUAUGCCGUAGCGUCUGCGGGACCGUGAACCGGCCCAAGCCACAAAAACUUUGCCGACCCCUGAUAUAUAGCAUAGCUUCAGAAGGCAAAGCUUUUGUUCAUACAAGAGCUCUGUUUUGCGUUUGGCCGCACUGAAGCUUUCUUUGAGAUAGCAGCUUGCUAAUUCAAUUGGCUUGAGCUCAGCAGUAACACUUGGUGUUGCUUUUCCUUUUGGAAUCAGUCAGAAGCAUGCCUCUCUCACUGCCAAGGAGUGAGAAAUGCAUACACAGGAAGAGGCACCCCCAGAGCCCAUGCAUACAGUGAAAUCAGUGUGCAAAUCCAAACAGAGGGUCCUGCGACACAAGAAAGUUAAAGAAUUCCUGUACAUAAUUUAAUCCACCCUCACCUUCUUUCUAUUCUGUUUUGCCCUGUGUUCACACAUUAUUCUUUGAGUGCUAAAGGUUCUGUUCUGCUCUUAAGAGAAGGUCUUGAGCAGAACUGUCAAUUUCUCCACUAGCAGAUUCCAUAGAGGGGAGGGGUAUCCUACUUGUCAGCACUGCAUCUCUUUCAGCAAGCUGCUCCCUAUGUUCUUACUGAGGGGCCCUGUGCCUUGUGCCUGAAACCCCCUGGCCUAGAGGCCUAGGUGUCCAUAUGUACGUGAGCACCCACAGACUCUUCCACUUUCUCAUCGUUCCAAGAUUGUGAUUGCCUUUUUCUAACUGAUGCAUCUUGCCUUUCUUACAGGCUUGAAAAAACCUCACACAAGGAUGGAUUCCUUCAAGACUUUGCCACAGCCUCUAUCACACAUCUGCUCUUUCAGAAGUAA